GGGGCAGGAGCCGGCCGGCGGCCGGGCUUGGGUGGGGCAGGAGGGGACGGCGGAGGGGAGGAGCGCGGCUGAGGGCGGGCGCCAGCGCCGAGCCGAGGAGCGCUGCCUGGGACGGAGCGCUGGCAUUUGUCGCGGGAGCUUCGGCAGGGGACGCAGCGCAGCGCCCCGAGAACAGCAGCAGCGGCGGAGGAGCCGAGCUCGGCCCGGGCGCGCCCCGCUCCCCCUGAAUGACGGGCGGCAGGUUCGACUUCGACGAUGGCGGCACCUACUGCGGCGGCUGGGAGGAGGGCAAGGCCCACGGGCACGGCAUCUGCACCGGGCCCAAGGGGCAGGGCGAGUACGCGGGCUCGUGGGCGCACGGCUUCGAGGUGGUGGGCACCUACACCUGGCCCAGCGGCAACACCUACCACGGCUACUGGGCGCAGGGCAAGCGCCACGGCUUGGGCGUGGAGACGAAGGGCAAGUGGAUGUACCGCGGCGAGUGGUCGCACGGCUUCAAGGGCCGCUACGGCGUGCGCCAGAGCCUCACCACCCCGGCCCGCUACGAGGGCACCUGGAGCAACGGGCUGCAGGACGGCUACGGCGUCGAGACCUACGGCGACGGAGGUGAGUGCGAGAGGCGGGCGGGCGGGCGGGCGGGCAGCGGCCGCCAGGGGGCGCGCGGAGAUGGCGCGCCACGGCUUCCACACGUGCGCGUGUCCAAUCCCCGGUCGCCGGAGUGCAGCGCUGCGCUCGGCAGCUUCCCGAGUUGGUGCGCUCGCUCUCUUUCACUUUUUAUUUUUCCGAUCUAUGGUUUGACAAACGCGGGCAGCAGGUGCAUUCUUUGGAGCGUCCCGCUUGCGAAAGGGAACGCGCGGCGCUCUAGGUUCGAGGAGCAAACGAAGAGGAAGAGAGCCUGCAAAAGUUUCGCCUUGCUCACCGCGAGGAUUGCUCAGAGUCCCGUUUUCUCUGUAAAAAGUAUCGACCCCACCACCGUGCAUAGGUGGCAAUCGCCGCGAAGCCGAUGGCCCUUUGUAGCUUCAUGCAAAAAGUGAGAGGCGGCUGACACCCUGCUGCUGCUGUUGAUCUUCCGCCUUCUGGGAAUGAAACAGGCGCCGAUAAGGGAGUAUUAGCACAUUUGUACGGCUUGUCUUGCACAGGCGGUUUGCAGCGCAGACAAGAGAUAAUGCCCCCCCUUCUUUUUUUUCCUACAGUCGCACAGUUCAGUUCAUCAGAUACAUCCGAGUGUGGGCUGUUGUCCACCAAAGCCUAUGCCACAAUAUAUUGGUUAGCCUUUAAGCUGCCAUAAGGCUCUUUGUUGUUUUGGCCGCAGCAUGCUAACCACAGAUAUUCCUCUGGAAUUUCCAAAUUGAAUUAGAUCUUCCCUUCAAUUCUCCUAUAAGCUGACAUUAAAAGAGUGAGGAAAGUCCACCCUUUCUGCCACUCUGAUUGCUGUGACAGUAUGUUAAGUUGCUAAGGGGGAUCUAAUCUGCAUUAAAUCGUUUUUGAGUAAGCACCCUGUUAUCUGCUUGGGCACAUAAUUGCAGUAGGUGUUGUGGGAUGAACUGAGUAUGGGCUGCCUGACUUAAAUUUAGAUGGUUGCCUAGGUUGCCUUCAGACAUCCUUUUCCCACCUCAGCAUUUUCGAGCAAUACAGUUGCUUAGGUCUCUCCUGAAAACCCUGAACGCAGUUUUUAGCUUGCUCAACAUCAUGAGUUUGAGGCUGCAUGUAUACCACACGUUUAAAGCACACACGCUCACACACCCCAAAAAAGAAUCCUGGAAACUGUAGUUUACCAGUCACAGUGCUACAAUUUCCAAUACUCUGAACAAACUGCAGUUCUUGGGAUUCUUGGAGGAGGCAGAUGCAUGGGGUAUUUAAAAUCAACUUUUACAAGGGAGGGAUUAAAUGUUACGGUACUGUGUUUUCAGGAUUGUUACUUUUCUUCACCAGCAGAUAGAAAUAUUUCCAAUAUUUUGCCUUUCUGGAAUGCAGAACCUUUUUGCAGUUUGUUCUUCUGUGCCUGAUGGCCAAUUCACACAGUAGCGUGUUAGCCCUUGACACCAUGCUCCUGAGCCUGCUACUGGGUAAACCUCAUUCUGGUUUAAACAGAAGCUGCGUCAAGAUAGAGCUGGUACCCUAGAGUAGCAUCAGGCUAGUUAUCUUUUCUAAGCCACCCUCCUUUAUUUUUCUGGGGUGUUCAAUCAAUAAUUAAAUCUCAACAAAAGCAAGGAUCAAAUAAAAAGCCGCUGUAAAACAAAUAAAAUCCAAAACAAAACAGAAAUGUGAUGAAAUGACAAACAGGAGUAGCUUGGGGCCAGGCAAGCUCACCAGGGGAGUGCAUGCCAUAGGCAGGGUGCAAAAACCAAAAGACCCCUCUCUGCAAUUGCCAUCCAGUUAAUCUUGGGUAGUGGGCAGAAGGUCCUCAGAUGAAGGAUAGAGAGCAUAGUCAUAUUUGUAUGGAACAAGACCAUGUUCCCAUGGCAUUUAGGGAUUCAUAGGUGGUAACCAGGACUUCAAAUUGUACAUGGCAAUAGGCUGGCAGCUUGUGUAGAUUUUUAACUACUGGUGGGAUGUGAUCACUAUAGAUGUUUACAGUCAGCAGCCUAGCAGCUGAAUUCUGAAGUUCCCAAUAAAUCUCCAAAGGCAGCCCCAUGUGCCACAUGUUUUAGUAGUCCAACUGAAAGUUUACCAGGGUACAGAAGCAAACUGUGAGCAGGGCAUCUGUAUCAAAAGAAGUUGGUGCACCAGCCAUAACUGAUGAGUUUGACAAGGCCGAAUAGUUAUAAUUUGAGAGCAGUGAAGAUGGUUAUUGUUCUGAAAGCACUUACAGCAUAUUUUACCAUCGAUAUCUGAAAUGUGAACUAGCCUUACAUCUAGGGGGGAAAGUUCCUAAUUUCUUCUGGCAGCAAAGUGAGCAUAACAGGGGGCAUGAAACGGGAGUUCAUUUAGGUCAGUUAAGAGUACAUCUUGUCCAGAUAAAUUGUUUCCCUGACAUACUGUACUUGUGUCAUAUUGAGCACUGUACAAAAAACAAAAAUAGGCUGGAUCCUUGCCAUUUACAAUUACAAAACUCAUCUAAAGCUGUUGAGCUGCUUUUGAUUUCUUCCAGCCCAAAUGUAUAAUUGGAUCAAUCUAUUUAAAAUUUCAGUGCACUGCAUACAAUAAUCACACAACCACCUCAAGCUAUGGGAGAGGCAGGAUAAUAAUAUUUAAAGUAAAUAAAACUUGGGCAUAUUUAUCUUGCUUGUGUUAGCAAUUAAUGCUGCAUAACUAGUAUGUAGGAAGUUUGCUGUGGUACAUUAUUCUGCAAAAUGUGGUCGGCAACACAAAAAAGUCUGUGUUUUAAUAUCCUAAUCCAAUUGCCCUUCAUUUGGAUAGAAUUUGCCAUUGAUUUCAACAGAACUUGCUUCCAGGGAAGUAUAGUCAGAUCAGCGGUUCUGAAACUUAUUUUUAUGAGCCACAGUUUCAGAAUAAAAAUUUCCUCAUGCCACACCAUUUUUAAUUGAUAAAAAAUACACUGGAAAACAAAAGAAAACAACUCUUAGCAGUGCUUGAUUUAGAACACAACUGCUUUAUAAUACGAUCAGGGGACAUCCAGAAAGUAUAAAACAAUGCAGCUAGCUACAGAAGAACAUGAACAAUUCCCAAAAUAUAUUUAUAAACAAGCCUCUUACACAUGUACCUUAAGUAUGUAUACAAAGGUAUCACUUGAUGCUCUCAUUUUGAGAAAUUAUCUAUCCAUAUUCCACAAAUAAAAAUAAUUUUAUUGCUACACUGAAAUGUUCAAAUGUUUGUUUGAUUGUCCUUGAAUCUUCCUGCCACAUUUGCUAGCCUCUCCUGCCACACCCUUUGAGAACCACUAAGUUAGGGUAUUAGAAGAAGAGAAGAGUUUGGAUUUGAUAUCCCGCUUUAUCACUACCCGAAGGAGUCUCAAAGUGGCUAACAUUCUCCUUUCCCUUCCUCCCCCACAAGAAACACUCUGUGAGAGUGGGGCUGAGAGACUUCAAAGAAGUGUGACUGGCCCAAGGUCACCCAGCAGCUGCAUGUGGAGGAGCGGGGAAGCAAACCCGGUUCACCAGAUUACAACUACACCACAGUGGCCUAACUGCCCUGUUCUCUGCAUGUUUAUUGGCACACAGUGGGACUUACGUAAUUCAGCAAAGAAGUGAACUGCAUAUUAACGCACACAAUAUUCCCCAGAACUUCUUCAAAAAAGAAAAGAAAAAGCUGUUUCUGGAGCAGGAAAGUGGCCACUGAGGCAGGGGAAGGGCAUAUGGCUCUUGCCCAUCAUUUCCCUGCUCUACAUCAUUUCCCACAUGCAGCUAGCCUACCUGGCCAGGGUGGGUUGUUUUCAUCAUCACUCAGAGAGAAUGAGUUAGCUCUUGGCUGGUGGUAGAAGAACAGAAGUCCAUAUAUUGCCAGCUUCAAAAUAUGACUUUUUAUUUUAACAUUGCAAGACAAAACCUCAAUUUUCUGGCAGAUAUCUCUAGAUUUAGAGCAUAAAUCUGAGUGGUGCUUCAGCAUAUCCUUUGUGUUAAAUAGAGACUAGCAACAUUUUUAAUGGAAAAUGUUCGGCACAGUCCUCUGUGCAGGUUUACUUGGAAGUUAGUUUGGAAGUAAGGUUGCCUCAGUGCAGGACUGUAGCGUCAGAGUUCUUUUGUCAAAAGACCAAUUCCUAAUUCUCAUCCAACUGGCCAUGCAAUUUUAUUUGCAAGGCUGGAUUGUAUAGUGAUCUGGGGGGUGGGAUGUUGUGUGCUUUAAAAUCUAAGGUUCGUGUGUUAGACGUCAUUAAUAAGAAGUACCAAACAUGCCUUUCUGUCGUGUUUGUGGGUGGCCGCUUUUUCUCAGCUGUUGGAAGAACAAUAUGUGAGAAUAAAAAGUAAAUAUUAACUAUGAAAGAUAAAUAUUUUAUUCCAAAGGAAUACAUUUGCUAAAACAUCAAAUGUUUAUUUCAAAUGGGUUUUUGUAGUUUGUUGACAUUGUUUUAAACAAAAGAGAAUCCUAAUCUGCAUCUUGCUUGUUUUAAUAUUUGUAGUUCAUAUAUUUUAUACACUAUAUAUAUUAUAAUCUUUAAACUAUGGGUUGUAUACAACUAAGGUAUGGAUAUUGAAAUCAAUUGACUUAUUUGCAUUGUUAGUUAUUUCAGUGUGUCUGCUCUGAGUAUGAUUCAUAAUUGGCCGGGAGUGUUCAGAUCUGGGUACUGGAAUGUUUCUUAAAAUACUUUUCAGGUGACACGAAUUUUAUUUUUUUCUGCACCUAAGAUAUGCAAUAAAAUAUGUGUGCUGUAAUCCUAGAGCAUGCUGUGUAUUAAGUAAUAACUUAAAGAAAUGAAAUACAAAAAUGUAUAGCAAAAACAUUUUAAAUCCAGGCUGAAACUUUUUUGAUAAAUUUUGUUGCAUUGAUUGAUGGUUUAAAAAAAUGGGAAUGAUAAAUCAGCACUGUCAACAGAAAAUGAAAUAGGAAACCAUAUGUAAAAAAUGUACGUCAAGAUAUGCAUAAGCUAAUUGUAUGACCACUCAAAAUCACAGGCAGAGAGGCUUCAUUGCUCCAAGAAAGUGUCCAACAAUACAUGUUAUCCCCAAAUUAUCGAAAGUUUGGGAUGAGUAAGGCUGCAAUUGUAUGCAUGCUCACAUGAGAGUAAAUCUCUUUUAAAAUCGAUUGGCCCCAGUGAACAAGUUCAGCAUUGUCUUCCACAUAUCAUUGAAGGCAAUAGAACAUGUUAGUUAGUUGCAACUAACUUAAAUCCCAGUGCUUUAAAUUAGUUGAAUUUAAAGGCAUUGGGGUUUAGAUGCAAGAAGCUUACUCAAUGGCCUUGGGAAUGAAGCUUCAGACAUGAAGCUCACUGAGUAAACGUAAUUACUUACUUACGUUACACCAUGAUGCUGUUAACAGCAAUGGAGAUCCUGUGGCCCAUGGUUCAAAUUAGGCUUGCCAGGCCUCCAAAUUUGGCCUGUGAGGCUCUUUGGGGCAAGCCAUGUGUUAGGUGUGGAGAUCUGUUAUCUCUGAUCUUAGAACUUAGUACUGCAGUGCUAAGAUGAGAGAUAAGCCCCUGCUCUUUGACAGUAAAAAGCAUCAAGCAAAGGCUUAUUGCUGUGGUCCCAUAGCCAAAUAGGGUUGUUAUGAGGGCAUAACAAGUUAAUGGCUCAUAUACAUUGCGACCAACAUUCACUGAGUUCUAUGAAGGGUGCCUUUGUACAUGAGUCAUUCCCAAUGGAUGCAAUUAUGAUAAAUUUGAUACCUCAUUAUCAUUUGCCAACAUCCAGUGAGAUAAUUUAGGGUAGCCUGUGGAUUUCUAACCUGGUGGCAUGUCUCAUCAGAAACAGGAAAACUGGUAGGCCUUGCUAUACCAUAGAGAUGUGAUGCUACCAGUAGACUCAAGGUAAAACCAUCCCAGGGUUCCAGACUGGGGACAAAACAGAGUGAAUACUAUCUUCUGGUGGGCAUGCUGAAAUGAAUGUCCAACCAGUUGAAUUAUCUCGGGUUUGUGUUUGUGGUUAUCACAUAGGAAAUAAUUUUAAAUACUUUGAUCAGCAGAUUCCAUGCCACAUUAGAAUAAGCAUUUGAAGCAUUGUAUAUGAUAUAUAUAGAUCAUGGAUCAGUUCCUAAUUUGUUUAGGCUUUUUGUUAUUUUCUAUUUAAAUCACUGGAGGGGCGGGGAGAAGCCUUUUCAGGCUGUGCUUAUAUAGUGGUGAAAAUACGCAAGAUGAAUUUCCAGCACUGCUGACAAACUAAAAUCGUUAAUGUUUAUUCAUUUUCCUUGUUUCUUCUUAUUUCUUUGGAAAGGUACAUACCAGGGACAGUGGACAGGAGGGAUGAGGCAUGGCUAUGGCAUGCGGCAAAGUGUCCCCUAUGGCAUGGCAACUGUGAUCCGUUCUCCCCUCCGGACAUCUCUAGCGUCACUACGUAGUGAGCAGAGCAAUGGCACUAUUCUACAUGAUAUUACUUUGGACAGCCCUGCUGGAACAAGAGGAGGGUUUGUGUUGAAUUUUCACAGUGAUCUCGAAGGAAUUGGUGGUAAGAAGAAAGGAGGCUUGUUCAGAAGAGGAUCCCUUCUCGGUAGUAUAAAACUUAGAAAAUCUGAAUCAAAAUCGUCGAUUUCUAGCAAACGCAGCUCUGUCAGGAGCGAUGCUGCUAUAAGUAGGAUUAGCUCUAGCGAUGCCAAUUCUACCAUUAGUUUUGGAGAUGGGGAUUGUGAUUACUGCCCAGCGGAAGACCACGUUGAUGCCACCACAACAGAAACGUACAUGGGCGAAUGGAAGAAUGACAAGCGCAGCGGAUUCGGUAUAAGUGAGCGCUCAAAUGGUAUGAAAUACGAAGGGGAGUGGCUAAAUAAUAAGAGGCAUGGAUAUGGAUGUACCAUGUUUCCAGAUGGCACCAAGGAAGAGGGAAAGUAUAAAAACAAUGUUUUGGUCCGUGGAAUAAGGAAGCAGCUUAUACCCAUAAGAAACACAAAAACUAAAGAAAAGGUGGAGCGUGCCCUCGAGGGUGCCCAGCGGGCAUCUGCCAUGGCAAGAACUAAAGUGGAAAUUGCAACCUCAAGGUAAGUCAUUUCAAAGCAUUUUAUUCCUUGCUCCAGUGACACAAACCAGAAACAUUUUGUUAGCUAAUAAGCAUAUUGGCCAGAAUGAUGCAAGUGCGGGUUUCAAUUACAUUUUUUACAGUGGAAUUGCAUAGUGUGACCCUUGGAAGAUAACUCGGUUCAACAGUUUUGAGGAAGCACCGGAAUGAAACAGGCUUAUUGGAUUGAACUAGAUUGCUGUGCAUCAUAAGCAUUUAUUUUAGGGUGUCUUGAGUGGACAGAUCCAGUUAGGAACCAUAUAUGCAUUCCCCAUCCAAUGAUUCUCAAAUAUUUUUGGAAAUAUUUCUAGCUACUUGCCCUGUGAUCCCCUAUGAAUGCAAAGUGUAUCUCAUCUUGAUCAGAUACCAUAGGAUCCUCUAAGGAUUCUCCAUAUGGGCAAGGCCCAUAACUUCUGAACUUCUGACAAAAGUAGUGGGGAAUUGGUUUGACAUUUGGAUUAGCUUGCUUCGCUGUUUCAAGAAGUAUGUGGGACGUAGGUAUUUGCCAUAGAUGUGACCUGACAAAAGUAUCUCUUGAAAAGCUAUAUUGAUUUGUUACAUGAGUGUUCUAUAAAUGCAACAUUGUAUUGGUUUUUAAUCUUUUAUUUUGUAAGCAGCAGCUUUGGAAGCAUUAAUGCUGAAGAGUUGGAUACAAAAUGAAAAAGAAAUGUAUUGGUGUACAAAUUAAUACAAAGCUUCCUGAGUAUUUAUUUCAAUACAAAUUGUUUUUGAGGGCCAAUUCAUGCUUCUUGCUAGUUGCAGCUGCCACCUGCUGGUUUUAUUUAUUUAUUUCAUUUUCCAAUAGCUUUCCAAUUCUUUUCUCUCUUUCAAAUUCCCUUAUGUAGGACAAUGUUUCCAUGAUUGUAGAACCUAUUAAUGGAAGAUAAACAUUUCAAACCAUAAUCCUACAAAGCUCUAACGGUAUUCUCAAUUGUAAAUUAAUUCUUUGGUUAGGAACAUGGAAUUGAUGAGUUCUAGGAAAACCCGUUUUGCAAGAAUGAUAAGGAUAGAUUGCUGGAAAAUGAUACGGAUUGCACUAUCCAAAACAUAUAUUCAUAAUAUUAUGUGAAAUUAUAUGGUGGGGAAUAUUAUGGAGUACUUGCAUUGCAGUCUUAGCAAGAAAAUAUUCUAUAACUGAAUUUGAAAGGAUGUAUUUGUAUUGCACUAUUUUAAAAAAUGACCUUGUACAAUUGACCCCUGACAUUUAGAGCAAAUCAUCCUGCUUGUAGGUAAUAAAUCUUAAGUGGUACAUUCACUGUACAUGCAGCAAUGGGUUUGGGGGUUUUUUUUAAGUAAGAGCUAGGCAGAAGGUUCAUAUGUGAAUUAUGUGAUGAAAAGCAAUUUUUAACAAAUCUUAACAAGCAAGUGCAUAUAGAACUCUGGUUUAAAAGUCUGCACCUUGAAAGGAAAUGUACACGAUUAUGCAAUUUGCCCUCCAAGGAAUGUUGGUACUUGAUUCCCUAAAGAAGUAAGGAAGAACUUGGCAAGCAUUAUCAGCUAGCAAAGUGUUGCAUCAAUAGCUUAGUCUAAAAUGUGUUCAAGGAACCAUCUUAUUAGACUUCAGAUUAACAGCUCAAACCACCUUUUUAGUUUUCUCUUAGGAAUGUAAAAUUUGAAAAAUGGCCUGCUCUUCCAUUGCCUUUGUAAAGUUUGCAUUUUUUAAAAGAGGAAUUAAGUUUUUGUUGAAAGUUUUUUAAUUUUUUGUCACCAAGGAUUUGUGAUGAAGGCCACAUUUGCAAGUAACACUAGUGUAUGGUUUAUCAAGCUGCUCUGUGGAUGAAUUUAGUGCUGUCCCAUGUAGCUUGAGCAGUCCCACUUCACUCCUCCCUUUGUGAUAAAUAAAUCACAAAGAGGCUAACUUACGGUUGCAUCAGAGCCCCAAGUGUGGUAACUAUGACCACUAGCCAGAUUGAAGUCAUGGUUUGUUGUAGACUUAGCAAUCCUGGAUUUUUUAGGGCAAAGCAAACCACAGUCCUGGGUUUGGAAGUUACACUAAGCUACCCUCUGCAAGGUUUGUUUACCUGCUCAUGGAAGGGAAGAGCAAAGUGUGGCUGCAUGCACAGUAUGGCGCAAUAAAUCAUGUUUUUACAUCUUAGUUUUGUGUACAAAUGCAACCAUUAUUAGUUUUAUAUGUCCUGAAUCAGGUCAUUGAUUCAUCUAGACCACUGCUGUCUGCUUUGACUCACAUCCACACUCCUGGGUCUCAGUUAGUCUAUGCUAGUCCUGCCACAAAUGCAUCUCUUUCAAGUGGAUAGGUCAGGAGUUGGAACUGUGGACCUCUGUAUGCAAAGCAUGUGCUCUAUCACUGAGUGAUGGUUUCUUCUUCCCAAAGGCGUAAAAGGUCCCCCUAUGGACUUGCUUUUGAAAAGACUAGAUAUACAGAAGCAGUAUUCAGUGGAGCAGCAAUCCUUGAAUGUAUUCCAUACCUCUGGUGUGAGACAGCUUCUUUAGUGCUAAUAAUGGGUUGACUUGAAACAGAAUUGAACUGAGGGCCAAACUAGAUGUUGCACUGUGUCUAGUUUUUGACAGGUAUCUGUGUGUGUGUUUUAAAAAGCUGUAUGCUGAGAGUUUGGCCAAAGGAAUGGCAGGGGUGCUGAUUAACCCUCUCACAUCUAGCUGUUGUUUUGCUUGAAAUUGCUUGUGGAAGAAAUGAUAUGGAAGCUGCUUUUAUAUCUAUCAGUCACUUUUCUAUUAUGUCUGGAAAAGCAGCAUGGGGAAAGUUUGUUUCUGACGGGGUAAAAGGGUAAGUGGGUGAAGGUGUUAGUAAGAGGAGUAAUCUUAGUAACAGGAAGAUAAGAAGUAAUCAAUUGCUUCAUUAAAAAAGUAAUACUAGGACACUUUUCCAUAGCCUAUGAAUAUGCAUUAGUUCAGGGGUUGCCAGUAUGGCACCCUGCAAAUGCUCUGUGUAGGAACACUCCUCAGCCCUUGCCAAUGGUCAAGGAUGAUAAAAGGUUUGCAGGCCUUGCAUUAUGGCUUUGCAGAUUUUGGAAUGUAAAUGUGUAUACUUUCAGCUCUUGUCUCCUUCAUUACGUAUUUGCUGAGUAUUACAGUGAUAGGCAUAUUACACGAGCUGGUAAAAAUAACUUUACUGGGCAUCUUGGCCCAGUAAAGUCCAAGUAAGUUUGAAACAUGACUACAAUAUGAAAUUAAAUACUGGGGUUUAACAGGAUUAAAAAAAAAUCUUUCUCUGAUUGGAGUAUUGCAUAUGCAGGCAGGUGUAGAGUACAGACAGACAGAAGACAUUCUGAACCCAAUUCACUAGGGGUAAUAGUGAAGGAUGCUUUAUGCAAUAAUUAUUUUUAUUUCUGUAACUGUCAUCAGCAUGGAUAUUCUAGCCUUGCAAUAACAGUUCUUGCUCACACAGAAAUCAGGGAAUGGAGUGACAUUAAUGACGGAGAAAGACCCCCAGUUCUUUGCAGUUGGGGAUAUGUGAGCUGUGUGUUCACAGUCUUGUGGCAGUGCAAAGAUUCUUACUGCUCUGUUAGGUCUUGGUGCCAGCUCACAUAUUAAGCAGAAGUCCAAGAUUGCCACAGAGUGAACACUCAACAGGAAGCUGCAGCCAGUCACAGGUCUCUGACAACUGCAUUUAUAUAGCAAGUGUUUGCCUUGUUCACACAGAACAUAAUUAGGUAGAAACGUAAAAAUAUCUUAGGUGUACAUCUAUAAGAUAUAGUGUGCAGAUUUGCCCCGUGAACAUGACAUGUGAAGUCAUCAGUUUACAACUUAUGUGGCAGUAGAUUCUAGUCAGCUAGUAUAUAAUAUUUUUGCACAGAGAAGAUAUAAUAUUUAUUUGGAAGCCCAGAUCUGUAACUUCGAGACCCUGCAGCAAGUUGACGUAAAUGUUGUUGGGAGACCACAGCACCACCCACGUCCAAACCACUGAGCCUCGUGGGCCUGCUGAUCAGAAUGUUGGCAGUUCGGAAUCUGCGCAACGGGAUGAGCUCCCAUUGCUGUCAGGGCAUCUGCCAACCUAGCAGUUCGGGAAAAAAGCAUACCAGUGCAAGUAGAUAAAUAGGUACCACUUCAGCAGAAAGGUAAAUUGCGUUUCCAUGUGUUCUGGCACUUGUCACGGUCUCCUGUUGCACUAGAAGCGAUUUAGUCAUGCUGGCCACAUGACCUAGAAAGCUGUCUGUGGACAAACACUGGCUCCCUCAGUCUGAAGCGAGAUGAACGUCGCACCCCAUAGUUGCCUUUGACUGGACUUAACCAUCCAGGCAUCCUUUACCUUUAUUUUUUACCUUAUAGCUAAGGGACAAUUAGUAUAUGUAAAAAGUGAACCAGGAUGAAAUAUUUAGUGGUAAAAACAGGAUAUAUUAAGGAUACCUGAUUCCUUAUAUCCUGGUCUGAUCACUGAUUUUUUUUUGGGGGGGGGAGGGAUCUUGGUUAUCAGUCCCCCAUGGCUCAGAUGCAUGACUCAUAACUGCAAGAAGCUGUCUAUUCAGUGUAGUGGGCGCAAGCUAUAGAACUCUCUUCCAGCUGAGGGGAGACAGGCACCCUCUCUGCUGAACUUGAGGUGCAUGACUAAGACUUUCUUCUUCCAACAGGCAUUUUAAGAAGGUGUUUAGUUUUAUUAUAAAUUACGUUAUUAUGUUUUGUGACAAUAUGUAGCAAAAACCAUUAUACAAGGAUGUUUGCAUCCUUGCUUCUCAUGCCAAAAAGGGGGGGGGGGGAGAGGGAGGAAAGGAAAUGGCAUAUGAAGAAGGGAGAGAGACAGCAAAACAAAACUCUAUAAUACCGUGAAUGAGUUAAAAGGAGGGGGGGAAUCAUCAUUUAUUUUGCCAUUCCAGAAACGUAAAAACAAGGCCCACCUCUCUUGAUGAUUAAGUAUUGCAUUUCUUUUAUAUGUAAUUUUUAUCAUUAAAAUAGUUUGCCAAGUUUUCCUUUAGCAAUCAGUUAAGGUAGUGGAAUCUUUAUUUGUCCCCUUUUUGUGCAAUAUACUGUUUUGCUGUUGUUAUCAGUAGCAAUCAGUUGUAAAUCAGUAUUAAUGACUUAAGGAUGAAGCAUCAAAAAGAGAGUUGUUUUAGGGUUUCUUGGGAGAUCAUAGCCUGUACAUAUUCAUAUAGUAUUUAGUACUUCUGUCCAGAAAGGUAUUUUUAAAAAAUCUUUUUUUGAUUCUUAGAUAUCCUUAGAGCAGGAUAAAAAUACCCUAAAUUAUGGUUAGUAUAUUACUGCACAUUUUAUGGCUCUUUAACAUCUAAGAUUUUAAAUAAAUGUGCACUUUUUAUUUCAGAGGUAGUAAACCAUGGACACUACCUUUCAUUUAAAAAAUCCUUCUCCGUGGUGACACAUACCUGUAAGGCUGGAGAGAGAGAAAAAUACCCCACCAAGCAGUGGAAGCAGAAAGUGCAGAGAAAACAUAUUGUCUGAACCCAGCACGUUACACUCAUUUGCAUGUUGGGUAGAGUUGCACUUUGUGUUUUAAUGUAACGGUAGUAGGUAUAAAGUAAUGAGCAGAAAUAUGACUAGGCCACUUCUGCCUCCUUGUCAGCUAGAGCCUUCUCACUCAGGAAGAGUGCUGGUGCUAGUUUGCCCCAAACAUAACUGACCCCUGGAGAGCAAGGCUCAGAGAGCUGGUGUUUUUCUCUUUGUGAAGGAGAGAAGAUUGAAGGGCUGAACUAGUCUCCUGUUGAAUACUACAAUUAGUGGCUGAAACACUACUGGCUGAAUUCAUUAUUGUUGAAAUCCACCUAGGAGGGGAAGCUUGGAGCCACCCUUGGACCUUGCUUAGCAAUUCCUUUUAGCUUGGAACUUGCAGAGCCACAGAAAUCAUCCUCUCUUGCCGCCUGCUGAGGUCUCCUCUUGAGGCAAACCCUACUUACUAUACUACUGCUCCCUCCCUGCUUCUUUGUGGAAUGAUCUCCCCUUGGUGAUUAGGCAGGCAUCAGUUGUAGAGUACUUACAGCAUGCUAUUUGCUCAGGCAUUCCCAGACCAUUAGUGCCAGUUUUAGCACCCAAAUAUUAAUAUUUUACUAGCAUGUUUUUAUGGAUGUGUUUGAUGAUUUGUUAUAUUGUUAUAUAACAAUAUUUCUUAUAUUGUUUUGGUUGUAAAUUACGUUGGUAUUGUCAGGAGUGAAAGGGGUAUAGAAAUAGUUUUGUAAGUACAUAAAUGUAAGUUUGCCAACUUUUUUUUCAUUUUUAGAAAAGAGGCCUUGUUCCUUCACUUUUGUACAGAUCCUUUAUUAGGCAAUUAAUAACUUGUUCAGCCUUUGGCAACCUGGUGCUCUGCUGAUGUUUUAGACUACAACUCCCAUCAGCCCCAGUGGGCACAUGCUGAUGCAAAUUGUAGUCCAAAUUAGGAGGGCACCAGGUUAGUGAAAUCUGAACAAAUGCAUUUAGCACAGCCCUUAACCAUGAUGGUUGGCUAAAAUGAAAAGAAAAUGGGUUUGAAUCAAGCCAUAUUUAUUUUAAGCAUCCCCCUACACAGCUUUUAAUAUAAAAUUCCUAAGGCAACUAACAUAUUUUAAAACCAGUAAUAAUGGUUUAAAGCAAUAUAAUGCUUGAGACAUUUAAAACCCUUUAAAGGCCAAACAAAAUCCCUGAGGAAACAAAAUUGUUUUUUUACUGGAUACUGAAAGUCAUCAGGCAUGGUGUCAACGACAGGAGCCAGGAUGAGGUCAGUAAUAACUCACAUGGUGUCAGUUGUUAACUCUUUAGUCAAAAAAACAAACAGCUCAGGAGGCCCGGUCUAGUGAGCACAGCAACUGUUCCCGGUAGCUCUUGCUUCCCAGUGCUCUUUAAGACUCCUCCCCUGGUUCCUUCCCACGCAAUCUGAGACUCCUCCAUCUUGCUUGUCUUUGCUCCACCCUCUUCAUACCUCUUUGGGUUCUAGUAGACCGGGGGGAGGGGAGCUGGUCACCACAGUAGUGGGAGACAGACUGACUUCUUCACCAGCCUGACUCUUCUCUGCCUCUUGGGCCCUCUCCUCUCCAGCCUCCUCUUCUGUCUCUGAUUCUUGACUGCUUUCUGCCACAGGGUCUUUCUGCUCAAUAAACCCCGUUACCUUUUUAGCUUCCAACAGCUCCUCCCAGUCUGCUCCCUCUUCUCCCUCUGAUCACUCAUUGUCAUCCCACCACCAAUCCCCUGAGUCUGAGCCUUCUUCCCUUUGGGGUUCUCCAACUAGUACCUGCCACCACCACUGCAGCCAGUCCAUGACACAUGGAGCCAAGUAAUUAGAUAAGGGUGGGAGCACCAUGAGUCAGUCCUCUAGCACAGCAGGUGCAUAUUGAAGCAAGACACCUGUCAAAUGUACAUGUCUUAGACCAGGUGUAUCUAAAUUGUGAGCUUCCAAAUGAAUCCUCUCAUCCCCUAAAAUUGGCAGUUCUGACUGGGGUUGGAGUCCAACAAAAUCUGAAAGGCUUCUGCCUCUCCACUAUUGUCCAUUUGUGGUUCUCAUAAUUAAAACAAAUGGGUUGUAUUCAAUGUGGUGUUAAGUAGAUCAUUGCAUCAGCGCAAGGAUUUCUUCUAGCACAAUUGAAACAUCUCCCUAUCUCCUCCCACGUAUGUCCCUUAAAGCUGUUCUGGGGGUUCCUUCAACCCUCCAGAAUAGAUUUGGGGGUGGCACAGGAAUUUAUGUUGUGCUAGUGGUAAUCCUUGCAUUAGUGCAACCUUUUACUUUCUUCUUGAAAGCAAGCUGUUAGUCAGAACAGACAAAAUGUACUCAUUUCUACAAAUUUCAGUUAAUUACGUUAGCAGUUGCAGUUAACAUAUGAGCCAAAAUUGGUUCCAAUGCUCGGAAUGUCAGCUGCAAAGCAGAAUCAAAGUUAUGGACCUGAACCCCGAUUUUCUGGUCAACUCCAUUACCAGCCAACUAUACUUCAGUCUUGUGUGGAGUGAGCUUCAGUUUGUUGGCCCUCUUUCAGAACUUUACUGACUUGGACACCUGUUCAGAACAUCUUCCUCGCUUGAAUUUGAUGUAAAUGAGAAAUAGAGCUAAACAUCAUCAGCAUACUGAUGGAACUUCAAAUCCCCAAACGACCUCUCCCAGUGGUUUUAUGUAGCUGUUAAACAGCAGGGGAGCCAAGGUGGAAACCUGCUGAACCUCGCAGCAUUAAUGCCAUCAGGCAGAGCAGCUGUCGUGUAGCACCAUCAUCUGGAAACUAUCAUUCAGGUAGGAGUGGAGCCAUUGAAAUGGCAUGCCUGCAAUUAUUUGGCCCUCCAUUCUCAAAUGUGGUGUGCUAAAAUUGCAGACGUAUCAAAAACUGUAUUUUCAGUUGCCUUGGAAAAUAGCAUUGAAACUGAUUGUUUGAAGGAGGUUUGUAAAAAGGACUGGGCAAUUUAACUGCUGAUCUACCUGCAUUUUGGCACACCUGAUUUCUAAGCCACUUGCAGAUUAUAUCAAACUUUAGUCAUAGUAGCAGACUUACCUCUACUUCCUAGCUGCCAUGUAACUAUAUUGCAGGUUUUGGCAACAGUGCACCCAAGUCUUAAGAAAAUCAUCCUUUUCCUCAAUUUCAGGAUAGUUUGUUAACUUUAAAGAGCUAGCAAGAUUUAAAAUGGUGUUGCUUGAUAACAAAUUUCUGUUUGUGAACUUAGAUGUGUAACGAGCAUUCUACUUGAGAUUCAGUCACCAAUAAACAUUAGCAACCAACCCUGCCAACCGUGUGGAAUUAUGUGCAGGGCAGACAACUUUCCACUCUGGAUUAAGCUGACGCUACGAGUCUCACUUUACGCAAGAACUAAACUGGGCACUUGUAAGACUAGUGCCUAGCAAAUCUUUAAAAUGCUUUACUUAUUAUAGAUGCAAUAUGAAUUUUGUGUUUAGGAAUAGGAUUCAGCUGAUGCCGAUGGUAUUAAUAUAAGUUCGCUUGCUUUUGUACCGAGCUGAUAGAACCUUUGAGCACAAUGCUUGUAAGAUAUGAAAAUGCCAAAGUUUACCCACUUUGAUUGGUGGGACUGAGAGCAAAUGCUUUAUUUUAUUGAUUUGCUGUAACUUACUUUUAGAUGUCAUAUGCCCUAAAAGCUGGGCUAGAAUUCCUUUAACUAUUGCUUAUUUUAAUACGGACAUCUUGAAUGAGUCAGAAAACUGUUUGACAACCAGUGCAAUUUAUCUAUCCUAGUAGCUGCGUUUUGUACCAACUGCAAUUUCUAAUCGGCCUUUAAAGGCAGCCCUAGGUAGAUAGCAUUGCAAUAGCCAAAUCUGCUAUAACAAGUACAUGAGUAGCUCAGAGCAGGUAGGGUCAUAUACUUAACCAGUGUAAACUCAUUUGAUUGAGCUGCAUGCUGUAUAAUUGAACUGAAUUUGUGGUUCUAUUGAUUACUGCCUGUUUGCCAGUAAGAUCCAGUGGAAAAAUGGUAGAAUUUCAUUCCAGUCCUAGAACAGUUACAGUCGAACUGUCUGACCUUGGGUAGAAUUAGUUCCCUUUUCUUCAACAGGAAUAACAGUGGCAUAUUUAAUGGAGAAUAAUACAUUGAUACCAUAAGCCUAAGCAAUAGAGUUUCUGAAUAAAACAGAAAUGUGAUGUAAAGUGCAAGCACCUUUUGUUUUAUUUUUAGUCUGACUUUUCAGUCACAUCUCAGUUCAUAGAGUUUACAGAAUCAGGUCAUUGACUUUGUACUGCCCUGGUUCCUUUAAUGUAAGUGAAAACGGCUGAUUAAUCUCAUCUCCAAAAUUGUAUAUAAAGAUAUUGAAAACAGAAGGUACUGUUGCUAAUUGGGGGGGGGGAUGGUAAGCUCACACUUUUGACUGAAAGAGCUUAGCUAUUUGGAUAUUUACUGCUAUUUAUUCCUUCCACCUCUUCCAUUUGCCAUCCAGAACUAAACCACUGUGUUAUAGGACUGUGAGAGACUGCUGUGCCCUCAAGUAUAUUUGUGCAGUUCCCAUUGAUUUCUGUGGAAGUUGGUCAUGCAUAUGUCAGGACAAAAUUAGAUUGAUUUGAGCUGCAACAGCAGAACAAACAAAAACAGAAAACAUGUUCACAUUACGGAAGUCAAGGAAUUUGCUGGUUGAAAUGCACAUUUUCAUAAAUAAAACUGACUGCUUGCCAGAUAUUUUGUAGCUGUGCAACUCAGGCCCUCAUUCCUCUUCCUUCUUUCAUAAGUUUUUAUUUUAAAUCCCAACCCCCAUUUUAAGCUUUGACAAACUGUCUAUUUCAUUCAGAAUCCCGUUAAAGUCAAAGGGAUAUGAGUGAGUACAAUGCUCAGCGCAUUGAUCAGUCUCUUUGGCUGGUUUGAAUUCUUUCUCAUUAAGGGGGUCAAAAAUGUUAAAGGGGUAUGUCUGUUUUAAACUCCGUGUUCAAGGUGACAUUUUCACUAUUUGAAUAUUGGCUGUCCAGAGGUCACUAGGCUUUAUUGUUCGACCACAUUUAUAUGGGGUGUUUUCUGGGGACUAAACUGUUGUUUUGGUUAUGAUAUGAAUGUCAUUAUAUUCAGAGAUGAGUAGAAUCUAUGAUCUCCUGGAAACUAGGGCACCACUGGAGUAGAAAGGAGCUGCAUCACCAGAGUAAUAAAGAGCUGAUCAUUAACUUCUUUAUUUUUUGGGGGGGGGGACUUCAUUACCCAAAGAGCACAACAACUACAUAACAAAGGAAAUGCACAGCAUAGGAAAAACAUGCUAUUCAUAUAAUGCGGAUUUUGUAAUCAAAUGUCAUGCAAACAUGUACAACAUGCUACCAAAGCUUCCAUCACAUCACCUACUUCAGGGAUAGGAAACCUGCGAUCCUCUAGCUGUUGUUGGACUAAAACUCCUAUUAUCCCUGACUAGCUGGUUAAUCUGCUUGAAGCUAAUGAGAACCAAACAACAUCUAGAGGGCCACAAGUCCCCCUUCCCUGUCCCACUGGGUCAUAAUUAAAAACACCCCAACCACUUUUUAAAAGUUCACUGGACAAUAUUGUAAGAAUGUUAGCAGAGGAAAUUUUCUUCUUCACCACUCAUUGCUGCAGCCUAGACUCUGUAAUGAGCUCUUAUUUGUGCAGACAGACUCUCCAUAAGACUUUCGUCACUUCCACUCUAGCAGUCUGUCAACUUCCUGUAUUGUCCUCAGCUCAGAUGUGUAUCAAGGAGCCAGAUGGACUAUGCUCAGCGGAAAAGGAUGCUUAGGAAUGAUCAUGUCAACUAUGAGGGUCAUCCUUGCAAUUCACAUAGUGGCUAGGGAUUUGACAGACGCUUAAUAAGCCUUACCAACAAAAAAUCUCAUCAGUGUCUUCCAGCCCUGCAGAGUAGAAUAGUUACUAUAGACCCAAACUUGAACAAGAAGUGAUCCAACCAUGACAUUAAAAAAAAAAACAAAAAAAACCCUUCUUAGACCAUCAUCUUCUUGCCUGGUAGGGAAAAAAACACAGAUCAAUAAUAUGUCAUGAAAGCUAUGAAGUCUUGAGUCAUCCUGGAAGUGGUGGUCCUUGAUUAUGGAUGGUGAGUUUCUCCAUAAUAGUCAUAUUGGAAAUUUUCAACACCAAUCCAGAGAGCACCUCCAUCAGCUUAGCCAGAGAAACUGGUGGACAGUGAUGUGAGACAUAGUUCAACAGAAUUAAUACUUGUUGUAAUAAUCUUUUGUAAACCUUUUUUGAGUGCUCUGCCUGAAGAGUGGCAUAUAAAUACCUUAAAUAAAUAAAUGAAAUCCCUAAUCUGUUUUGUGCACUGAUCAAAAGAGACACUCCUGCUCUCCAUAUGGUAGAUGGUACUUUCCACUUGCCACAAACUACAUUUUCGAACUUAAGAAAUGGGUGAUAAAUUUAACUAAGAAAGCAAGUGACUGUUACAGCAAUUUACAGUACUUAAUAUGUAAAUAAUGUACAUAAAAACAUAGGAGCACAAUUUUCUUUUUCUUAUUGCAUAAAUGGUCUUGAAGGCUGCUUAUUAAAGACCCAGUGUCUUUAAUUGGCUACCCAUGAGAUAAACAAACAAACUUGGAACUUUGGCUAUAUUUACAUAGUUUAAAAAUUCCAAGUUUGUUUGUUUAUCUCAGGGGUCAGCAAACUUUUUCAGCAGGGGGCCGGUCCACUGUCCCUCAGACCUUGUGGGGGGCCGGACUAUAUUUUGGGGGGGAGGGAGGGAAAUGAAUGGAUUCCUAUGCCCCACAAAUAACCCAGAGAUGCAUUUUAAAUAAAUGUACACAUUCUACUCAUGUAAAAACAUGCUGAUUCCCGGACCAUCCACGGGCCAGAUUUAGAAGGUGAUUGGGCCAGAUCCGGCCCCCAGGCCUUAGUUUGCCUACCCAUGGCUUAUCUUAUAGGAAGCCAAUUUGCCUCAUAAGUACCACAAAUGUUGUUGUUGUUGUUCACAGCUGAAAAUAUGAAAAUAGCCAUUGAAACAGCUACAGAAGGCAAACACAUUUAUUAUGCAAACUCAUCCUUAACAAUUGGCACCUCCAUCCUACCAAUUCACACAGCGCUUUUGAGACAUGGGCCAAUAAUAGUCAAUGUAGUUAUGGAAGCAUCCUGUGUAAAAUAACAUAUUACCAUAAUUACACUGUGCAAUCAGAAUAUGUGUGUGCAUUAUUAUUGCUUUCUGCUUUUGCUAUGUUGAUAGCUGCAUUGAUUCAAUGGGAUUACAUAGCACUCCAGUGUGGAUGAAAUACAAACAGCAGUGGGUUGUUACUUGUUUGUCAGAUGUAUUAAGAGCACCAUCGUGCUUUAUCACAAAGAAGAUUAUGUUAGAAAAGUGAACUCUGGAUUAGCAUGUAACAGAAUCAAAGCUAUUUAAUGGGGUACUGAUAAUUCUAGAUAUAGCAGCCCAAAAUUCCAAGUAAGGAGUAUUUAAUUCCCGUGCUAAUUAAAAUAAAAGAUGAACACAUGAGGUCAUACAAAAGAACACUGGGUGAUCUCCAGUGUUAGCCAUACUGAAAGUAAACCCACUAAACACAACAUAUUUGCCAAUCUGAGAAUGUCUUAGUUGAACAUCAUUCAAAACCUAUCAAACUUUCUGCUAAUUAAAGCCAUUCUCACACAGAAGCAUUGUUUAACUAUUGUGCAAUGAGAUGCUGUAUUUUUCGCCCUAUAGGACGCACUUUUUCCCCUCCAAAAAUGAAGGGGAAAUGUGUGUGCGUCCUAUGGGGCGAAUGCAGGCUUUUGCUGAAGCUUGGAGAGCGAGAGGGGUUGGUGCACCGACCCCGCUUGCUCUCCAGGCUUCAGGAAGCUCUCCGCAAGCAGUGGGAGUCCGGCGCGAAGUCGUUGAGAAAUUGUUCCUCUUAAUUUCGGGAAUAUUGGCUCCGGUGUGAGGGUCAGUACCGGGAACGGGGGGAGAGCAGAAGGCGGGGGAAGGGGGUGUCCCCGCCUCGCCAACAGCCCGCGGCCGCCUCGGCGGAACCAGCCCAGCCGCCCAGCGCUCUCCCUCGGCACCGGGAGCGCCUCUUCUUCCUCCUCCUCCUCCCCCACCCGCCUCCUCUUCCUCCCCCUUCUCCACGCUCGGUCGCGCGUGUCUGUGUGUUGGGGGAAGUGCGCGCACGCAAGCGCGUCUUCUCGGCCCCGAGACCGAGUGGACGGUGCCAGAGAGAGAGAGAGGAGACUGUAAAUGUGCGUAUCCACGCUCCGGCCACUGCCGCUCGCUGCCUUUCACUCAGGCCCAGGCCGUGCGUGUGUUUGUGCGUGCGCGUCCCCUGUGCCUCCCUCUGGCGCGCGCGCCUGCCCAGGUCCCCUUUCACAGCGCAGCCGCCUCAGCUGUCACCUCAGGCGCGAGUGCGCGACUAGCUCCGCCCGCUUCAACCAACAUGGGGGGCGGGGGAAGAGGGGAAUGGCUGAGGCGAAGAGCCGCGUAAGGUGCACGCGCGGCGCGGUAUAUUGUUCCGUCCUCUUCGCCUCGAAGGUGUACGCGCGUGUAGAUCAGCUUCCUUUCCUCGCCCGCUUUUCCCCGGUCCGGCAGAAGACCCUGAUGAGCGAGCGCUGCAUUUGCUGCCGUCUGGGGCGGGGGGGAGCGCGCUCCCCCCGCGCGCUUGUUACCGUCUCCCUCAAAUACAAACCCACGCACAGAGAGGCUGCCGCCGACCUCGCCCUGCCAACUAAAGGCACAGCGGGGGUGCUGGCGCUGGCCAUUCUUUCUCUCCAUCCCUCACGAAUGUCCCCACUCAGCAAGAGAAGAGACCGCGCCAGGACUUCAGCCCUUUCUGAAGUUUUCAGGGAGCUUCGGUCUGUGGAGCUCCAAGAGUGCCUUUGAACAUGUGCGGAGUGUGUUCUCUUUUCACACUAGCCACAAGUACUAACCCACCAGCCAUGAGCCUACCUCUGAUGGGGGCUGGGAGAGAGAAAGGGAGUUCUAAGGAGGUCUGUUUUAAAAGAGGUGCCACGCAAUCAUAUCCUUGUCUACUCAGAAGCAAGCCCCAUUUAAUUCAAUGAGUCUUGCUCCUAGGUAAGCAAAAAUAGGGUUGUGGCAUUAAGCAGAUGUCAUUUACGCAUUAGAGGUCUUGCACACAUAGCAAGCACUACUCAUCAAUCUCCCACCACCAGUCCCCUGACUCUGAGCCUUCUUCCCCUGAGGGUCCAACUUGGGGGUUCCCCAACUGGUGCUCCCACCACUCCUCUGCAUCCAGCCAGCCCAUGAUAGUAUUGUUUUCCAUUUUUGCAUCCUCUUUGUUGGUAAAAUGUUUGCUUCAACAGCAGAAAGAUGGGAAUAUUCCAUCCUAAAUCUCCAUUCCUGCUUCAUAUUAAUGCAGUUCCCAGAGUUUCCUUGUAGACGAUCUAUGGCUAUUUAAACCCCCAGCAGUCAUAAUUAUGAGGCAAUUAAGCCCAACGCCAAAGUCUGGGCAUGCCAGCAUUUCCCAUUUCACACUGCCCCGCCUCAGGCCCAGGCCCCUAAGGUUGCCCUUCUACUCCCUUGCAGCUCUCACCAGGCCACAGCCCUCAUUGCCCCUCUUCACACCUUCCUUGAGUAUUUUUGCAUGGCUGGCCUAGAAUGUGUCCUUGAUCAUGCCUAUUGCUAGUCUGGAUAGAAAAGUAAAAUUCACUGUAGUUUAUCCCACACAUAAUUACAAUUACAACCCCCGGCUUGCGGAGAGCUGCCUGUUCUGGGGCUUCCCCCGCCCCAGCCCCGCACCUGGGGGGGGGGAAUAAAUUUUUUUUCUCUUCAUUUCCCCCCCCAAAAAAUAGGUGCGCCCUAUGGGCCGGUGCGUCCUAUAGGGCAAAAAAUACGGUAUAUCUUCCUGGCGUUUAUCCCCUUCCAAUCCCCUCUUUGGUAAAGUUCCUGUGGCUGCAGUGGCAAACAAAGCAAGGUGUGUGUGUUUGAAAAGUGAAGACAGCAAAGCUCACAGGCUUCUGUGAACAUACAUUUGCACCAAUGACACCCUUAGAAACUCCUUUAAUAAAUACAGCUGGACUCUUAUUUUGAUGGUGAGUUUAAUUUUCCUUCUGGUUCCUGCACAAACUUCAAAUAAGGUUAAUUAUUACAUGACUGCAAGAAAUGACUUUGCAAAACUCUGCAAAAGAAUUAACUAGAUAUUUGUAUAUACUAUUUAACAUUUCAUUUUUUGAAAGCAAUGAUAAACAUCCCUCUAUUUCAUCCGUUUCUCACCCCAACCUCCAGUAAAGAAAUUUCCCAGCUACCAUAAACUCUCAAUAAACUUUCAAUAUAUUGAAGUAAGCCAAUUAUAGGGAGGGAAAUGGAGGGGAAAGAGAGUAGGGAAGGAAGGCAUGGCAAUGGGAAAGGCCUGAGUGACAAAGUAUGAACCAACCCAGACCCUACACUCGUCGUCUGAGUCCGCCCUUAUUGUGCCUCCUCCACAAGAGGUCCGGAGGGUGGCAACAUAAGAACAGGCCUUUUCUGUGGUUGCUCCCCAUUUGUGGAAUACUCUCCCCAGGGAGCCUUGCCUGGCGCCUUCAUGACAUAUCUUUAGGCACCAGGCAGAAACACCCCUCUUCUCCCAGGCCUUUGGCUAAUUAAACAAUCAUAGAUGCCUUUUGAACUGGAGGCAGGGUAUUGUUUUGUUUGUUACUGGUAUGCAUUUUUGUGCAUGUAAACCACCCUGUGAUCCUCGGAUGAAGGGCUAUAUAGAAAUUUUAAUAAAUAGUAAUAAAAAUAUAUGAGACAGAUGAAAGCAGUCCAUUUCAUAGUUACAUGUAAUGGGAAAAAAUCAAUUUCCACCUUGUGGGGAACCUAUUUUAUCCUAUGAGCUGCGUUCAUAUGGGAAGCCUUCUGAAGACUGCAAGCCACUGGUGGCAAGAGGCAAAAGUGGGUUGAGCAAUGGAUGUGACUCUUACCUUGGUACAAUAAAUAGGCCAUGGAAAAGCCAGAGGUUUCUGUGCAUGCAACCACAUACCAGCCAAGCGACCAAGAUGCAUUAUCACAGUUCAAGAACACGCUUCAGCCAGCAAAAGCAUUCAAGAGCAGCACGGAGCAGGGCUGUUUAAGGGUGUGGCACGGGGGGACCUCUAAAGGCCAGAGGGCUGCAUCUGGCCCCCAGACCUCAGGUUUCCCAUCCCAAAGGAGUAGCCAAUGUGGCAUCCUCCAGGUAUUGCUGUAUGGAACUCCCAUCACCCCUUGCCAUUGGCCUUGCAGCUACAGCAGAUGAGAUUUGGAGUGCAACAGCAUCUGGAUGACACCACCCUGGCUAUCUGUGAUGCAGAUGUUCAGGAAUAAAUGGUGUAUUUGUUUUGUAAUCUCCACCACUUGUUUCCAGAGGGGCUCUCCCCCCCCCCCUUUUAACUGACAAAACCAAUACAGUGGUACCUCGGGUUACAUACGCUUCAGGUUGCAGACUCUGCUAACCCAGAAAUAGUACCUCGGGUUAAGAACUUUGCUUCAGGAUGAGAACAGAAAUCGUGCUAUGGCGGCAGCAGGAGGCCCCAUUAGCUAAAGUGGUGCUUCAGGUUAAGAACAGUUUCAGGUUAAGAAUGGACAUCAGGAACGAAUUAAGUACUUAACCCAAGGUACCACUGUACAUCUUCAGUCCAUUGGUAUGCCAUUGGGAGGGUUUCUGUCUUCUGGUGCUGAAAUAUCAAAUGCUUAGCUACAAGCUAAGGAGUUCAUAUGCCUCCCACAAAUGGAACAGCUUAUGUGUACAUUACUGCUCUCUGGUGGGUCAGCAGAGAAGUCUGUCUAAAUAAGGAAAUGAAUGAAAUUCACUUAUCAGCAUUCAGCAGGAAUAUAGACCUCUGGCAACUGAUACAGUAACCCAUCUGGAUGUGAGGGCGACCUGGCUGCGACAUCUGUCACCCCAUCGAUUGCCAGGGUUGAUUCGGCUGAUCCGGCUGGCUAGGCUCCAUGUUCAUCCCUCCCAAAGCUGCGCGCUCGGUGGAAGAGAACGACCAUCCCAGAUAGGAGUGUACUGUUCUUUGGUCAAGGGUAUACGAUAGCUGCACUCCCCUGCUAGAACCUCCAAACAAGUAACCCAUCUUUCUGCUGCUAUCACCAGCUGACUUACUUAUGCCUCAUGUACAUUUAUCAUCCAACUGUGUUUCUGGGUUGGGUGUAAAACAUUUAUAGUCUACAUUCUAACUUCUAACUAAAUGUUAGUAUUCCUGCCCUGCAGGGGCUGUACUAGAUGGCGUUUGGGGUCCCUUCCAUCCCUACAAUUGUAUGAUUCUGUCUCAGGUUUACCUUAUAUAUUUAUCCUGAAAAUCUGGCAGAACUGGAUUGUUAGAUAUCUCAACUGUAUGGCUGCCAGUACCAGCUAAAUCAGAAUACACUCUGUUCUAAUAUCCAUAGUGCACACUGCUAUAAUACAAAGCAAGUCAGUGAUGGCAGUAAUCUGAUGCCCUUACUUCAUUCCCAGGAAUCUUGUUGUCUAGCCAGCAGCUUCCAAUGAAAUCAGUGACAGAGCUUCUGUAAGGCCUCCUUUGUUCUGUUAACAUUAAGAAUGUUUUUGUUUCAGAUUGCUGUUUAGUGCCAGAGUUCGUUCCACUACUCCAUCUGAUUUGCGUGAAUGUUCUAUUUAAUGCAAGAGUUAGGCCAGAGUAACUUCUUUCUCCGCCUAUUCACCAAGGUGGUCAGUUCCAAUGCUUAAUAAUUUGUUUAUAUUUUAAAUUGCAAUAGGGCGGUUUUUAGUCAUAAGGUUCUCAAGGUAGCUCACUGAUUAUGCCAAAUUCCAUUGUGUUGCUUCUGGUGUUUGUUUUGUUUUUCUUCUCUGCUGUCUCUCUCCUUGACGUAUAAUCAGGAGCCUAAAGGUUAUCAUACAUGCUGUGGAGUGCUGAUGAUUUGAAACUUGCUGCUAUGUUUAAGACACAGGCAUAUAUGUGUAUAAUAUAUAGCAUUUGCAUUUAUUUAUUUAUUUUUGCUUGGUUCUUAAUUUUUUUAUUAUUGUUAGCUAUCCUGGAGCUCUUUUCUACAGGAAAGGAUAGUACAAAAAAAUGCACAAAUAAAAUACACCCACAAUAUUCAUGUGUACAAUACACUUCACUGUGUUUCACCAUCACAACAAUCUAGGACUGGUCAUUCUUUUCCCUAUUUCGCUAAAGCCAAAACAGUGACUAAGACAGGACCAUGAGAUUAAUGCACUCAUGUGUGGGUUGAAAUUAAUUGUGCCCUAAGCAUACAAGUGUCUAGCUAUGCUUCAUAAUUUCUUGGAUGCUGAAACCUUGGAAUGGAAUUAUUGUUGUUAGUAUUUUGAUUGCUUACCUACCUUUUACCAUUAGGUCCCAGGGUGGGUUACAACAAUUAAAAAAUGCAAAAUGGCAGAGCUAGUAAAGAAACUGGCAGGUGUGAUUUCAGCUAUUCUGGGCUCAGCCACUUUUGCCGUGCAUUUUCUAGGCACAGAUCUGUUCUUUCCUAGUCUGUGUCCAAGGGUUGGUUGGUUGGUUGGUUGGUUUGCCCCAGCACUUUCACCACAGAAACAUGUUCUUUAACACUGAAUCAGAACAAAUGAAAAUUUGUAUUUUCUGCAGACUGCCAUUUGCUUUGAUUCAACAGUAAAGAACAGGGUCUUGUGGGGAAAGCACCGGAGCAAAGAAAACUUAAAAGUGCUCUGACACAUACCAGGAAAGCAUGGAUCUGUGCCUAGAAAGGGUGAGGCAAAAGGUAAGUGUGAAUGAGCCCAAGAUCUAAAAUUUAUGAAAAUUCUUGGAGAAUAAGUGAAGUGCCACAAGACUGGAGGGAAGCAAAUGUUUCCUCAUCUUCAGAAGGCUGCAGGAAAGAGUAUCAAAGCAACUGCUGAUCACUCAAUCUAGAACACACUGUUAAGCAGUCAGUAGUAUGCCUUUUUAUUGUUAGUUUUGCAGGGUGAGGAUGCUAGGAUUACAAAAAAAAAGGCACUUAGCGUUUUGAUAAAGUUAAUUAGCCUGGUCAAGCAGAUGUAUUAUAUCUUGAUUUUAGCAAGGCUUUUGACAAGGUCAUCCCUGAUAUUCUUGUUGGCAAGCUGGCAGAAUGUGGGGAAUUAUUAUUUUUUGGGGACUAUACCCAAAGAAUGCUAAUGAAUGGCUCUUUUUUAAGCUGGUCUUCACAUGAUGUCAAGUGAUUAAGUUCAAGCCACAGCAUUUGCAUUUUGAAUUAAGCUAUGUCUGCAAGUGAAGAAUUAGAAAUGCUUCCAGGUCUUCCUUAGUGACUGCAGCUUGAACUUUCCCACGCUUGACGUUGUUUGAUAUUAGGUAUGAGAAAGAUGGGUUUGGGUCUCACAAAACUGCCUGGUGGGUCAAACACCUAGGGCUGACACCUAAUCAGCACUGCAAGCUAAAAGUUCUCCACAACUGCUUUAACAUCUGCUCUUGAGGUCAGCUUGCAAAACAGAGCUAUCUAUAGGUUUGUUGCCUUAAGGUAUUAUAAUAUGGCAGCAAAACAUCUAUUUGAUGUUCCCACCAUCCCUGACCAUGACUGGGGCUGAUGAGAGCUGAAGUCCAACAACAUCUAGAGGGCCACAGGUUCCCCAUCCCUGCUAAAUGCACACAUUCUUGUGAGUAAUGCUGUGGUCAUGGGUUUUCUAGCUGCAUUUAUACAUCCUGAUCAGCCAUGGUUUACCAUAACAGGGAAAAGCCUCUGCAAGCAAUGGAUCUGCAUUCUCCUUCCUCUCAUGCUUGUCCAGUGCAGCCAUGAGGAGUUCACUUCCAUUUUUGUUUAUGCAGACCUUAUUGAUACAGCUUGGACAAACUGUUUAAUCUUAGCUAUGAUUUGUUUGAAACAAGCCAGCUUCAAACCAGGGGUUAUGAAACUAGCUUCUUUAACUAUGGUUAAAGGUUCAGAUAAACUGACAAUUCACAUGUAACACUGAGCCAAACCAUUGUUUAGCACAAACCAGCAGGUUUCUGACAGAGAAAUAAUCACUGCUUAUAAGACUAUGCACAAUAGAUUACUGAGGAGGACAGAGAUGGAGAAUGUUUUUAGUGGCUCAGAAACAGACAUUAACUGAUGUACGGAUGUGAAGAAUCUCAACUUUACAAGUGAAGUGAAUUUAUUCCACUCCAUCUCUUCCGCAAAAGAUACCUUAACAAGCUAUAUCUUCCAAUCCUUGGCAAGUUUUUUUUUCUAUUUUGACAUACAAAUAAAGUAUUUUUGAAAUGAAUUGUGGACAUCAUACUGAUAAGCAGGAUUUUUAUUCUCUACCGCUUCACAAUGUUCAAUACAUUGCUUAUGUAAGUGCUGUGAAUACCUCUUAAGACAACUGAUGCGUACAGUGAGCUCUGCAAUUUACGUGACCAGCACACAAUACCAUCAGUGUAAAUGCAGACUUAGUUCUAGCAUGGCACUAAGCUAGAUUUAAUAUAUCCCAAAUGUCAGAGCUGGAUUUUAAAGUAAUUCUGCUUUCCCUGUAAUACAUAUUGAGGAUUUUCAGUAUCCAGGGGCAUCAUCAGAUGAAAAAAACCAAAUAUUUAGCUAGGCAAUAUCUAGAAGGGUUGCUUCCAAGAUCAGGCUUGCUGAGAGAAAAACGCCAUAGUUGAAGAUUCUGUAAGCUUAUUGCCUAGAGAGUUUAAAUUAUUUUAGCUGGAGCUCAGCUGUGACAUUUGGGCUAUGUUAAUUGAAGCGUAGCACCAUGCUAGAAUCUGGCCUGCUUUCAUACAGACUGUGUUGUGAAUUCAGUAGGACUUCUGCUACAGACUUUUAUGUGAUCAGUUCCUCAGCCGUGGUCCUCUGCUCUGAAUAUGAAUCCAUUGUUUCAGAUCAGCAUAGGUUUUGAUCUGGAACAGUUGCCUUGGGGCAACUGCCAUUUUGCUAUCCAAAAACAACUUCAGAUGCUUUUCCAUUGCCGUUAAUCAAAGGGCAAUCCUUAAGUCUCAUGAACAUAGUCUUAAAUCGGAUAAGCGUAAUCUUUUUUUGUGUUGAUGUGUGGGUUGCUCUUUUGUGCUGAGCUGUGGUUUGUUGUAUAGUUAGUGCAGUGUUGUUGUAUAUGCAACUACAUAGGAAGCUGCCAUGCCUUACUUCCCUUGCCCAGUAUUGUCUCUUCUGACUGGCAGUGUCUGUCCAGGAUUUCUGGCAGGUGUUUUCCCAUCACCUGUUACAUUAAUUGGAGGUGUGAUGGACUGGCCCUGGGACCUUUGAUGUGCAAAGCAUAUGCUCCAUUCACUAAGCUGUAGUUGAUACACUGUGAAUUAGGUCAGUACAGAGGGUUGCUUAUGUAGGCUCUUUGAUAAACCACAGUCUCACAAUGCUGGGUGAAUUUAAAUGUUUGCCAGCCAUCAGGAAAACAAUUUAUAUCCCUCAUAAAUAUUUGAAGCUUAAAGAUGGUGCAAGAGUGCUUAUCAGUUUAAUUUUGAAAUAAUUUGGGGGUUUUUCUGCAUUUGUAACGAGGCUAAUGAGGGGUUUAAACAAAAUCUUAGAAGUUGCUUACAUACUGCAGCAUCUUUUCUUUUUAAUAUACAGCUGUUUUAAAAUUAAAUAAAUCUAAAUGCAACUUUGCAAGCUGUUCUGCAAUUACACCAAAAUUAUCAAGCUGCUGGGUAAUUAAAGCGAUUUCAAAUAUGCCUUGCUGUGCAGUGUCUUGUAUAAUUAUGUUGCUCAUCAAGCAUGAAUGUACAUCUAGGUGUGUGUGUGUGCGCGCGCGCGUGCACACACACACACACACACACACCUUUAUAAACUGUAAAUGUAUUUUCACAUUUUCUGCAGGCUUCAUUAUACCAACUGCAUAAAUGCAGCAAGAGACCAUGUCAGGGGAGAUUAUUUAUUUAAUAAUCUGGGUUGGAGAAGGCGUUUUGAUAGUAUCUAUUUAUUUCAGUUAUAUAAUUCAUUGCUACAAUCCGUUAACAAUACUCCCAUGGCAGAGAACAUGAAUCUAGAUGAACAAUGUGUUCCAUUUGUGUUUUUGAAAUGAAUGAUAAAAUGUAAAAUAGAUAAUACUUUUACAUUAACUGCCAAUGUGUCAUGUAUGUAUAUGUGUGCACAUGUGCAUGUGCAUGCACCCAAAAGAUUUCUGCAGUGUUACAGAUAACAGUAGCUAGCUUGGUCUUCUGUGUGAAUAAACCAAGAGCAACUAUUCUGAAUGACUAAGCAGAGUAAAUCUAGCAGAUGAUCUCCCAUUUGACCACAACCUAUGAAAAGGACUUUCCAUCACAUCCAGUCCAAUGAGUUCUCUGGCCAUUGGGCAGAUAGUGGAGGCAGCAGGCUUUUAUGAUGAGGUCUUUCUACACAUCACCUCUUUGAAGGCACUACUCACAGAUACCAGCCCAAGCAGCAUGGGUUUCGUAGCAGAGGCAAGGCAGCAAUCACUAAGUACCUCUCUGGGAUGACUCAAGUGAAGCAGCUUGCAGAACAAGUUGGGAGAAGAGGUAUAAUGGAAAUCAAUAUUUAUUCCAUGCUUUAUUUAGACCCACCCCCUCCACCUGCAGCAGGUUUUUAGAUCCCCACUUCCUAUUCCUUAUUCCUUUAUUGUGAUUUGAUAUAUCUACUGUGAACUUUUUCUUGGGAAUGCUAACUAUGCAAUUGCAUCCAUUUAUUUCAAUGAAGCUUGCAUGGUAUAAAUUCCAUAAAUUUGUACCCUGUUGUGAAAUAAUUGAUGCUUCUACUUACAUAUUCAAAAACUCUGUUCUUCUUGGGUGUUGCCAACUUGUUUUGUUUUUUCGUUGCUUCUUUCCUGUUAAGCAAGUUCUGAUCAUUUCCUUUAUAAAGACAUGCUUCAGAUUUUUUUCUGGAAUUGGUAUUCCCAUCCUACCUAUUUGAAAUUAGCCUCUCCCACUUCUGUUGUUGCUGUUCCUGUGUUGUUGUUUUUAAAGACUGAGUGCAUAACGUUUAUUCAGAUUUUUAAAAGAUUGUUCUGAUGUUAUUUAAUGGAGGUACCCAUACUGUUCUCUGUGUACUUCUCAACUUUGAAGACACAUUAAAAACAUUCAUCUCCCUAUGGGGGUAAUAAAUUAAAGCUUGGUAAUUCAGAAUUGUGUGAACCCAGCUAUAAUUAAAUGCGUUCAUAAGAACAAGAGAGUUACACCAGGAGAUUUUUCAGUCUAGACUGAAGUUCCCAGUUUUGCCAACAUUAAAAAUAUUUUUUCAUUUGCUGAUUAAGCAAUAUAAAGCAACAGUGUGCCUUUCAGACGUUUUCCAUAACAGUCAGUUACAUCUGCAAUUCAUUUUAGCCAGCUUACUUGGAUUUAAGGCAUUUCUGAUUGUUGGUUUGUUGGUUUAAAAAAACCUGCAUUUGUUACAUGUGUUAUUUUGACUACAAAAUUCCGAAUUUUAAUUCAGCUACAACAUUGCCACACAGAAGGUUGUUGAAAAAGCUUCAGUUAAGCACAUAACCUACAUGAAAACUCAGUUUAUCAUCCUAUAGAAAAUAGCAAGUUUGGGCAGCAUUGAAGAAACUUUAUCCAUCAGCGCAAGGAUAUCUGCUUCUGCAACAGAACUCCACCCCUCCUCUCUCUGCACAUAUCCUGUGCCAUCCCAAAUCUGCUCCAGAGGAUUGAGGGAACUACCAAAACAUAUAUGGGGAGGCACGGGGAAGGAUAGUGGGAGAAGUUUCCUUGUGCAAGCAGAAAUCCUUGCACUGUCAAGAGCGAGUUAGUUGGAUACUGCCGCUUAUUUUUAAUUGGAACAACUCUGAGAGUUUACCUUUCCCAUCAUGGUAUUGCCUGAAUAGCAACUCAGGGAUAUGCAUGUUUGUCCUUGCAAUAAUACCCAUAUCUUUUCUCUCACCUUCAUGCCAAGGUGAAUAGUUAUUUAAGAUCCCUAAAUCUAGGAUCAAAACAAAGCUGUUGAGAUGGGCAAGGAGAGAUAUCUAGUGCUUCUCCCCACUUUCUCUCUUAAGAGAUAGAUGGUUGCUAUGGUGAUUGCUGCUCCCAUCUCAUCAGCUAUAACCUGGUUUUCCACAUCAACUGAAUCACUGCAAGCAAAACAUUAUCUUUAUUCAAUCAUUAGAUAUAAUAUUGUUAUAUUACUUGUCGAGCAUCAACAUAUUCACUUUAAAUAUUAGCUUGCCUAGCAUAUAUGCAUAUAUAGCACGCUUUUAUUCAAAUAAUCCCAGGUUUAUAUAGAAAAACUUACACUAGAGCACUUAAAGAAGAGUUUAUGGGUAGGAAGAUCAAACCAUUAGCUGUAACUUAAAAAACACAAAAUAUAAUCCCCAAAAGACAAUAUUGUGUAGGGAAAACUACCCAGGAAGCAUUUUUCCCAUUACUUCUGGUUCUGCUCUACCGUUUUAGGAAGAAUUAUAUAUGCACACACAGAGACACACAUAAAAAUCUAGAAUUUUCAGUUCAAAUUUCAUUGGUUACAUUUCUGGGAUUUGUAAAGUGCAUUGAAUUGUUGCAUGAAAAUAAAUAACACUGCAUGCCAGUCAUCAUCUGUGUUCUACAGCUUGAAGUCAUUUCCAUCAACUUAAUCUUCCCUCUUGAACUGGAGUACUCCUUAUCACAGAUUCCACUCUUUGCUUCCAGCAGUAUUUCAGAAGAGUUCAAAAAAGGUUGGAAUUCGCUCCAGUGCACUGACGGUGACUUAAUAACAAGACAUUCAAAUUACAAGUUAUCUCUUAGUGGUGGUGUGUUUCACUCAAAGUUAUUUCCUAGCAAGGCAGUGUAUAUCACUUGUCAUUCAAUAAGGCAAAAAAUAUUUUUAAAGAUAGAUGACUCUGACCUUCAUGGGUUGACGCUAUUUUCCUUCUUAAAUAUUUAAGGUGGGUUGGUACAAUUACAUCUGAAUUACCAUAAUUGGGUGGAUCUGCCCUUAGCUGCCAAAUUGACUGGUGACUGGUUGAUGCUGUUUCAGACUUGUAAUGUGUGUGGCCUCUCCUUUCUGGUGUGGCCAGUUGCUACUAUGAGCCAAUUAGGCAAAUACAUACUGUAGUUUAAAUAUAUGCAGGCAAUAUGCAUGCUAACUGGGUGUAUUUGACUGUCUGUGUCAUCUGUGGCUAAUUUUUUAAAUAAACUGCAGAACAUGUGAUUGGAAGUGUAUAUUAAAAGAUGCUGCAGUCUUAGAGAGUCAAUCACUUUGUUUUGCUUACAUUUAUACAUUAGAAACUGAAUUAGAAGUUAAAGAAAAAAGAGUAAACCAUUCAGCUUAAGUUAAAAUGAAAUGAUGCUUCAGGUUAAUAUGGAAAGGUCAUAACAUAUCUCUACAAAAACACAUCAUGUGUAAUAAUGAUGCUGAUGAUAAUGAAUAUUUUUGGAAAUGUAUGAAUAUCAAAGCAAGCAAGAUUUGAUGCAUUCUGAACCCAAACAAGGAACUAGUAAGUGCACAAUUAUUUCUUUUUGAAUGCAUGGUAUGUUUCUGUAAUUUUAAUUUCAAUUGUCUAACCAUAAGCUAUUUAGAUAUGCUGCUUAAUUACUGAAAUUAUUUCAUCUGUGACUUCAUAAAUACAUUGGGUUUUUUAUAUCAUGAAAUUUUUGGAAAGUAUGAUCCUGUGACUGAAAUAUUUCAGGAUUGUGCUUUGCAUUGUAGAUUAACUACUGACUGGUUUGUAAAUGAUUUCUUGCCUUGCUAAAAGGACCAAGCCCUGUAAUAUAAAUUUGUUGUUGUUGUUUAGUCGUUUAGUCAUGUCCGACUCUUCGUGACCCCAUGGACCAGAGCACUCCUGUCUUCCACUGCCUCCUGCAGUUUGGUCAAACUCAUGCUGGUAGCUUUGAGAACACUGUCCAACCAUCCCGUCCGCUGUCGUCCCCUUCUCCUUGUGCCCUCAGUCCUUCCCAGCAUCAGGGUCCUUUCCAGGGAGUAAUAUAAAUUAGUGUUGUGGUAUUGUGCCAUCUAAUGCCAGCCUUGAUUGAAACUAGUGCCACAAACCAGUGGCAUUGAACAAACUUACUGUGGAAGAAUAUCCUGAUCCUGAUCCUUCAGUUGCCUCUUUGCUUUCUCUUGUAUGCAGUAGAACCACCUAGAGUUAGGGUUAUUACCUUUUCUCCUGGCAGAACUCUCUUGCUUUCACAAGUGCCAGCCAGAAAAUGAUUAGCCAGCAUAAAGAUGCAAUGUCUACAUCCACUGUCAGAGGCAGUAUGCCUCUGAAUACCAGAUGCAGGGGUUCUCAAGAGAAGAGAGUGCUGUUGCCUUCAGGGACCUGCUUUCAGGCUUCCCAUCAACAUCUGGUCACUGUGAGAACGGGAUGCUGGAAUUCCACCAAAAGGGAUGCAGACAAUAAGGUAGUGGUGAUAAACUGGACCCAAUCUGCAGCUGAAUCCUUACCUACUAUGGAUGCUUUAGUGAAGAUGCCUGCAUUGCAGGUGAUGGGACUAGAUGACCCUCACGGUCCCUUCCAUCUCUAUGAUUCUAUGAAGGGCAGAUUAGAAUUUUUAUAAAUAAGUAAUACUGUCAAAAGGCUAUCUUUUAGCUGAAUAUUUCUUAGCUGAGUAAUAUUUCAUAGGCUAUAUUAUGGCUCAUCCUUUGCACAAACAUAAAUAGAAAAUUAUUCAGUGUUGUUUCAACAAAAUUCUCCUGGUGUGCUUUGAUUCUGAAGAAAGGUAUUUUGAAUAUCCAUAAUGUUUUGAUCUUUUGGGCUGUUCGUUGACUGAAUUCCCAUAGCUCAAUUCUGCCAUCUGGCCAUUGCAGAGUGGGGGAGAUCUCCAAAGGAUUUUUGGAUAUUAUUGCAUAGACUUCCAUUUCAGAUUAAUUGUGACAAGUUGCAGUUAAUCUAAAGCAGGCUUCCUCAACCUCGGCCCUCCAGUUGUUUUGAAGCUACAAUUCCCAUCAUCCCUGACCACUGGUCCUGCUAGCUAGGGAUCAUGGGAGUUGUAGGCCAAAAACAUCUGGAGGACCAAGGUUGAGGAAGCCUGAUCUAAUGCACAAGUGGAAGCUUCCGAUUGCCUCACAUAUGCACCAGAAGAAGAAGAGGGGGCAUACUAGCCACAGACUCAGUAGAGCUUUUUCCUAUAAUCCUGAACUGGGGAUUACCAACAUGUUGCCCAUGAACCUGCAAGGCCCCCUCCCAUACAGAAAUUAUACAUGAAACAAGAACUCUAUCGUAGCCAAUAGAAUUGGUUGCCAUGUGUAUGUUUUGUAUGGUUGCAGUGUAUGUUUGGUGCCCACAACAGCUUUUCCCAUUUGUAAAUGUGUCCAUGGGUCCAUAAAACUUUACAGUCCCUGUCAACUAUUACAUCUAAAUAAGGCCAAUAUCUCAAUAGACUACUGUGAUGAAAAGUGGAGCUUUCAUGUUUAUGAACAUUCAGAUAAUGAGCAUUAGGAUUUAAUACAUUUUAAAACUGAGUGAGGUUCAGAUGGAAAACACUCCCAUUAAGUGUAAGCAUAGGGUUAUUAGAAACUGCAAGCAUUUAGCUGAUAAAUUACAGCAAUAAAUAAACCACUAAUUAAGACUGUACUUUUCACUCUUUGUGAGUAAAAAUCUUGGAUUGAAAAGGAACUUCUAGUAUUAUGUUUAUUUUAUUUGUUAAAGUUUUCUUUCAAACACACUCGAGUUUGCUGCUGGUCACGAGAUUAAGUAUAGUUGCUUUUUGCUUUAACCAAGAGGCAUCUGCCUUGCUUACUCAAGAGGUGCAUAUUACAAAAUUGGAAACAGAGUUCCUAUUCUCUGUCUUUCCAUUUCUGUCUCUGGGCCAUAAUCCUGGCUAUCUGAUUUGCUGUAUUUUUCUGUGUAUAACACACACACACACACACACACACACACACACACACACACACACACCAUGUAUAACACACCCCCUAAAAUUUUAGAAGAUGGGGGGAGAUUGCCCAUCUCUCACCUGCCUGGCCAACGGUAACACUCGCACACGGAGCAAACAGCCUCCUAACGCCUGUCCCCUCACCAGCAGAAGCAGCCUCUUGCCUGCCCAAUUGCCGCAGCAACACCCAAUCAACGCCACCCCUUGCCAAAGACACCAGUAACACGCUGCAGAACAUCUCCGGUUCACGCCAUCAUCCAAUCCCAAGUCUCCCCUAGGCACUACCCAUGUAUAAGAUGACCCCCUAUUUUAAACAUAGUUUUUCAGUAAAAAACAAAAAAAACAAAAAAAACAGCCUUAUACACAGAAAAGUACGGUAGUUUGCUUUUUUGUUUUUUAUCCAAUGUAUUCUUAAUAUUGCUGCAUUAUCCAGCCAUGGCUUUAUUUAAUAAUUUGUGAUUGUUUAGUUGGAGUUCAGUUAGAAACUGAUUUAUGGUUAUAAACAUUUUUAUUUUUUGCAAUAGUGGAGACUUACGGUAAUUUCAGUUCUGCAUUUCUUUAGGGCAGGGUUGCAUGUAAAUGCCUCUCUGUUUAUUUUUUGGGUCUCUAGGCUAAUAACUUUUAGUCAGUCAAUUAUAUGCAUUUUAAUAGAUUGAGUAAUUGAUUUAAAUUUAUGAAUGAGUUUACACCUGACUAAAACCAAUAGGUCUGAAACACAAAUCAUACUUCUUUGCUUUUUAAUUAUAGAGGUAUGCUGUCCUUCUAAAGUAAAUAAUCUUACCUGCGUUUAUCACAGCCUGAAACAGUAAACUUAACCAGAUGUCUUAUUCCCUUUUCUGUUUGUUAUUUCUUGCUCUGGGUGGUCAGCCAUGGUUUAGUCUCUAUUUUAGAGCUAGUACUGUAUGUGGUUAACCAAUUUGGGCAGAACAACUUUGGGUCUCUGUGCUGGAAAAAAUUAAUUACACAACAGCUUUGCUUUUAGUUAUACUUCGCUUCUUUACCUUGUCAAGAUAUUGAUGUCAUCCCCAUAAAGGAAAAUGUUUAACUUCUGUGGCAUUUCACAUUUGCAAAGGUGCUUCUUAAUUGGGAUAUUUUUCAUUUGUUUUAUGUUCCUCCCACCCCAUCCUUCCUCCUUGAGCAUUCAUGACUAUUAUUAUUUUCCUGAAACAUUUGAGUGUAAUUUUUUUUACACAUAUGGAUUAACCCACUGAAAUAUAUAUAUAUAUAUAUAUAUAUAUAUAUAUAUAUAUAUAUAUAUUGAAUGUUUUGUUUUACUUUUGCAAAUAACUGGAGGGGGAAAUGGUCCACACCAAGCUUUCUCUACCCUUGUUAAGUGUACCCCUUGCUAUAAUUCCAAAACAUUGUUGCCCAUAUUGGAUCUCUUGUUCUAGCUCUGCUCUGUAAACCACUGGGUUGUUCAUUUUAAUACUAUGAUGUGUUCAUAGUAGUGGAGUAAAGAUCCAUUUUUUCAGGAUCAAACUAUUCCCCAUUGGCCUCUCAAUCUUUCAACAUGGUGUUUCAUUUAAAACCAUCAGGCCUCUAUGGGCUUUUAUCCUUUCCAGGAAUCAAAUUAUCUGACCUUUUUUAGAUAUCCUAAUCACCUCAUGAAAAUCUUUCAGGCUCAAGCCUAUUAAACAUGAAUGCCUUCCAGAGUCAACACUGUGCAGCAAUCUCAGUAUUCAUCUUUUCCCUUUUUAGGAUAUAAAUCUGAGCAACUUCAUAGAAUCAUAGAAUUGUAAGAGUUGGAAAGGACCCAGAGAACUAUCUAGUCCAAACCCCUGUAAUCUCUCCACUCUAUGAAAAAAGGUGAAUUCUAUGUAAGGAGUCAGUAGUAAGAGGACUUAAAAUAAAACUGCCAAUGUCGUAAAUGCCUUAUACACAGUCUUGGAUGUAUAACUGGAAUAUUGUGUAUACUUCUGGUUGAUGCAUCUCCAAAAUGAUAUUUUAGAGUUGAGAAAGGAAUAGAAAAGGCAGCCAAAAUACCUGGAACAGUUUUGACUAUUCAAAAAAGUUACAGUGUCAGAGGCAUUUUAGUUUAGGGAAAAGACAAGUGACGUUCAAAGGAAAUGAUAGAGCUGAAUAGAAUUAUGCAUAGUGUUGAGAACAUGGACAGACAAAAGGAAACUACUGUACUGUACUGUGCUUCUUUACAUAGCCCAUAGUUAAAGUAUGGGAUUUGCUCCCACAAGCUGUAAUGAUGGCCACCAACCUAGAAGGCUUCAAAAGCAAGUAAGAAAGGAGGUUCUGCCAUACUCCUAGGGUUGUCUACUGCAAGAAACAGGAUGAUGGCCUUUGGCUUUAUCCCCAGGGCUCAUCUUAAGAGAUGCAACUGAUCUGCUUGCUAGAGAGGCCUCAACUUGAAGAUGAAAACUAUACCCCUACCAGCUAGCAAUGCUGAUGGUCUAUGCAGUGUCUGUUCAAACAUCAUGUGGAAAGCAAGUUCUCCUUGGAACUUGUGGAAAGGAGAAGAAUAUGCCCGUUGAAAUGAAGCCUUCCACAUCUGGCAGAUUUACUAAUGCCUCCAUCAAAUACACUAGCUGUCCAUGGCUUAUCAUUACAUGUAAACACAGCCACAGUUAAUGCAUAAGAAACAUCUGCAGAGACAGAACUGAGUCAUGAAAUCGUUUUUUGAUUAACAGGUAAAAGGUAAAGGUAAAUGACCCUGGAAGUUAAGUCCAGUCAAAGGCGACUGGGAUGUAAAGCUCAUCUCGCUUUCAAGCCGAGGGAGCCGGCGUUUAUCCACAGACAGCUUUCCGGGUCAUGUGGCCAGCAUGACUUCACUGCAACAGAACACUGUGACGGAAACCAGACCACACGGAAAUGCCGUUUACCUUCCCACCGCAGCGGUACCUAUUUAUCUACUUGCACACUGGCGUGCUUUCAAACGGCCAAGUUGGCAGGAGCUGGAACAGAGCAACAGGAGCUCACCCCAUUGUCAGGAUUCGAACUGCCAACCUUCUGAUCAGCAAGCCCAAGACGCUUAGAGAGCCACUGCUCUGUGCUGUUGCAUCCUAAUAGAGAAGUAGACUCUUUAAAACUCAUGGUAUAAUGAAUGUAUUACUCUGUAGAGAGCUCUGACUCUUUGACCUAAAGUAGAUAUUCAUUUCUGAACAAUUUUGGGCUCUCUACUUCAAAAAUAAUGCUAAUGUGAUAAUAGGGUGGGUCACUUUGUACCUGGUGUCUCUCUAAAGCACAUUAAUCAUUCAGCCAUUUUAUGUAGGUUGAUCAGUCCACUGGCAUAACUAGGUAUAGGUCAUGUGGUGGUCAUGUUUUAAAAUUCAGUGAAGCGUUUCAAUGAAAGUGUACAGGACAGAGCUAAGUACUCGCUUAAUUCGGAACGUUAGCGUUUGCUUUAAAAGAUCUACUUGAAAUGUAUUUGGAUUUGUGACAAAUUUUCCAUUUGCUUAAUGGUAGCUAGUUUGCAGUGUGUUGCAGUUUUACUUUACUUGCUGAAGAAAAAAAACCUUUCCAUCAUCCUAUCCAAACAUAAUGUCUUUUCAGAUCGGUGGAAAUUAUGUGCUUGUAAACAAAGGCUGAUCAUGGGAAAUAACACUUUAAAAUAUUGAUAUUCAGCGUUUGAUACCAAAGGCUUGAGUCAUUUAUCUCAACUUGGAAAGCAUGCUUUAUUAGUAGAACUUUAUUAUAGGGAACAAACUGGACUUUUUGGAGCAGUGAACACCUGUUAAAAACAAAUGUAAAGGUAAAGGGACCCCUGACCAUUAGGUCCAGUCGUGACCGACUCUAGGGUUGCAGCGCUCAUCUCGCUUUAUUGGCCGAGGGAGCUGGCAUACAGCUUCCAGGUCAUGUGGCCAGCAUGACUAAGCCGCUUCUGGCGAACCAGAGCAGCGCAUGGAAACACCGUUUACCUUCUUGCCAGAGCGGUUCCUAUUUAUCUACUUGCACUUUUGACGUGCUUUCGCACUGCUAGGUUGGCAGGAGCAGGGACCGAGCAAUGGGAGCUCACCCCAUGGCGGGGAUUCGAACCACCGACCUUCUGAUCGGCAAGUGCUAGGCUCUGUGGUUUAACCCACAGCGCCACCCGCGUCCCUCCUGUAUACAAAGGCUUUUAAUAUACGGUACUUGUUAUGAUCAGGAGUAUAUUGAGGUACUGUAAUAUUUUUGGCAAUUCAAUCACCAAGACAUAGGUGUCAAUGUUUAUGUUUGGGAAAGGGCACAGGCUUAAUCUGGCACCUGCAGGUAGAGCUGGGAAUGUCCUGUGACUGAAAUCCUGGAGAGCAUAGACAGAACUGAGCUAGAUGCAUCAGUGCUCUGACUCCAUAUAAGGCAACUUCCUAUAUUCCUGUUAGGCAGGUAAGGAUAGGUUAGACUGGAAAUUGUCUAUAGGUGUCCAUGGGGGACCAUAUGACCAUGAAGGUGGAAUUCGUUAGGCUGUGAUUCUUCACAUCUUUUAUAAAAGUUAUAUUUUGCUUUAAGUGUCAGGUAACUAUAGAAAAUGUUGAUAGAUAAUAGAUAUAGGUAAGUAGGUAGGUAGGUAGGUGGGUGGGUAGAUGAUAGAUGAUAGAUAGAUAGAUAGAUAGAUAGAUAGAUAGAUAGAUAGAUGAUAGAUAGAUAGAUAGAUAGAUUUGAAGUUGUAUUGUUGCAUGUCACUAGGCUCCUUAAAUUCCACUAAUUUAAAGAACUCAGUACAUAUCCUGUAGUGGUGUAAUAAAUAAAUGCAUAAAAUGUAAGCACUACCCCCCCAAUCUUCUUUGUUUUAAGAUUAAGUGCUUGUGAAUUACGUGAAGAUUCCUGCAGUAGUAAAAUUCCCACUAAGUGUACAAUUAAAUUGGCUUACAUUUUGUUGUGCUCAUCAUGGCGCGUAUGUAUGUUUACUCAUAUUGUAGUAAACCACGCUCAGUAGUUUGCUCUCAAACCCAUUACACAAUCGGAAACAAGAGAAGAGAAAUGCAUUCUUAGGAUACUGCAGGCUUUUUUAAAAUGUGAAGAUAGUGGAUGAGCUCAAGUGUUGCUCCAUUCAUAGACGCAUAACUCUCUUUCUCUGACUGAAAGCUUACACCGUGAACAGUGGAUACCACACAGUAGCAACAACUUUUAAUAAAAGUUUUAUUUAAGGCUGUUGGUAAGCUAAUAUUUGGUGAACUGAACAGCUACCUUGCCACUCACUAAUCAUAUGCCUUAUUUCCCACAAAUUCUUUCUCGGCUUGUUGCUUUGCAAUGCAACCCACCCUGUUUUCACAAGUUCUGUAUUUCUUUCUCCAACCAGCUCUUCCUUCCCUCUUCCCUGAAUCUCGUACAGUGGUACCUCGGGUUACAAACACCUCAGGUUACAAACACUUCGGGUUACAGACUCCGCUAACCCAGAAGUAGUACCUCGGGUUAAGAACUUUACCUCAGGGUGAGAACAGAAAUCACACGGCGGCGGUGUGGUGGCCGCGGGAGGCCCCAUUGGCUAAAGUGGUACCUCAGGUUAAGAACAGUUUCAGGUUAAGAAUGGGCCUCUGGAACAAAUUAAGUACGUAACCAGAGGUACCACUGUACUUGAAGGUAGACUUUGCAGUCACUUAAGCCUGCUGCCAGCAGUCUAUACUUGCUGCUGCUCUCUCCUUUCCUUUUCCCUGUUUGCAAAAAAUCCAUGCUAACAACAGGAGUAGCAUGUGAUUCUGUAGAGUUAAAAGAAUUAUCACUUUGACACUGGUCAGUCUUUCUCUUAAUUCAUUCACUGGAACUUGCCUCCUAGUAUCAAAAGAUGGGAGAAAAGCUAUCACACCAUGGCCCUGCAAUACUGUGAACAAUUUAGGGGUGGGGGCAUGCGUGCACAGGGCCAAGCAACAGCUUGAAGGAACAACUCCAACCCCACCUAGUCUUUACAAUUGAUUUCAAUGGAUUAAGGUGAAAUUUUAAGCUAGAUCUUUAAUGAUAUAUUUGAUCUUGCAAACAAAAGCAGCAAACAGAAUUGUGAGUCUUCUCUUUCUGCCUUGUUAUAAUCUUAUAAAGAAGUACAUAAAAUUGCCACCAAGGGAAGGAAACCUGGACUAGGAGAAACUGCUUCUGCAGCAGCAUUGAUGAAAGCAGUUAAUGGAAAUAUUGUUAUUUACUUACAAGACACGGUGGUGUGGGGAGCAGCACAAAUGAUAAUUUUCAUUGUCUAACUGGCUUUCUCCCCUCCAAGUAAGUAUUGGGCCUUUAUAGGAUAACACAAUUUAAUUAUUGUUACAGGAUUCCAUUAUCAUAAUGGUAUUUUACCUUAGGCCAUUUAUAUAUUGUUCAUUGUUAAUGUUAUUUGAUUAUAUUUUUUGGCACAUUUGGAACCUUGAUGAGACUCUAGUAUACUGGAAGCAAUAUAUUUAUGUGCUGGUCAUUUGGAGUUGGGUAAUGUUUUUUACUAUAUCUUUAAUUUUGAUAUUUACCUGUGUAGUGUUGCAGAAUAUAUGUCAUUUUCAAUUAUAUAUUUUAUAUGUCUUAACUUAUCAAACUUUAUACUCUGAGUGUUAAAGGGUCAAAGCAACCAAAUUAUGAGAAUAUGGGUUUCAGAUUUUAUUAGAAAAGAUACCCCUCACAUUAUUUUUCUAAAAGAGAUACAUAGAUGUAAUCCACAUUCACAAGACUGUUUUGAUUUCUCAAACCUGGUGUAUGUAUGGCUUCACUCGUCUGUGCUGUUAAGUAAAGGGACUUGGCCAGCAUUGAAUUCUGGGUGCGUAUUUUAACUCCCAACAAAGGCAUUCCGAAUCUUAAUUCAUACCUGGAAAAUUCAUUCCAGGUUCUCUUAGUGAAAUGUGGGAAAUAGCUCAACAUACUCAAAACGAUCAAUUGAUUUUAAUAUAUUUUAAUUCCGGAGCUAUUUUAAAAAGUGAAAACUGAAGAGGUUCUUUUUAUAAGACGAGUAGAUAUACCCAUAACAGUGAUGACAGAAACAGCACAUUCUUAUUCCAUCUGUCAGUACUUUCUGUACAAAGAUGUGACGCACAAGAGUUCUGAUAAAAGUCCCACUGUGUAGGAGUCUGCACUUACCAGAAGGAUGAUCUGUUCAACAGAACACAGCAUCAGUAAUCCCCUGCUUGGUGCUGCUAGACUUAGAAGAAAAGGCCUGGCAUUGGACCUAGAACCAUAUUGUCCAAAUUAUUUACUCUCUAAAUCACUUCUCUCCCAGGAGCUUGUUUAGGCUCAGGAUGGCUCAGGUGGUACAGCAUGAGACUCUUAAUCUCAGGAUUGUGGGUUCGAGCCCUGGGUUGGGCAAAAACGUCCUGCGUUACAAGGGUAUGAACUUACUAGAUAACCCUUGUGAUCCCUUCCAACUCUACAAUUCUAGGGUUCCAUGGUUCUGUGAAACAGCAACCAGACCAUAACUGCAGCUCUGUGCAUGGAGAAGUAAGGGUCACUUUACCUUUCUCCUUACAUCAUCCAGCAAGGUCUGAGGCAAAAUUGGUGCUUUUCAUUGUUUACCAGCCAUGCAUACAGCUGUUCGCAAGUCAGUAUAGACUGGUGCAAGUGGUUCUCUGCAAGCAAAAAUUUUCUUUCUUUCAACAGAGAAAGAGAGAAUUUUUCAAACUCUAGCAUGAGUAUGGAAAAAUCCAGUGAAGGUAAAGGGAAAUCAUCCAGAAUGAUACAUAUAUUAUAUUGUUAUGUAACAGUUUGAGUAAAAAUCUCCUGUAAAACAUUGAAAAUACCAGUCUAUUAUAUGCACAUUAAUACUUUAUAUAUAAAAAUAGACACCCAGGGUUGAAUUCAGUCAAGUCAUUGCACUUGUAGAAUGACUUCCACUUGUACAAGGGAACUUCUCCUCCCCAAAUUUUGCUAGCAUAAGAAGCCUUCUGAUGAGGCGGGUGAAAGGAGGGACUCUAACUUCCAAAUGUGUAUCUAUGUUACAUGCAUGCAGAGUAAAUUGCAUGUGUGUACAAAUGGUUUUACUUAACAGUGGUAAAUCCUUAAUGUGUGAAGCAGCUCUUGAAUGAAAGUAAGUACAAAAUAACUCAAAACAGAGACAAAAGAAAACCCUGUGUAUAGCAGAAGCAGCUGAGAUUCAGAAUCGGAAUGGAGAAAGGAAGUCUUACGGAAAGAAUGGCAUAAAUUAUAACAAACCUCAAAUGCCACUCUCUACUUGCUGGUUUGGCAGAGAGUGAGAGGACAAAUGUCAGGAAGAAUGGGUGAGAGCCAAGUGCUAUGGGAGGCCAUAGAGGGAAAAGAGAAAAGCAGAAGGCAGGGGCCCAAGCAUAGGGUGAACAGCAGGUCAGGGCAGAAAAGAGGGACUGCCAGAGCUUGAGAGUUUUAGCAUGUGUUGAAUUGAAAAAAAUGUCAAUGAUAGUUAGAAGAACAGUAGAAAAAGAUAAAGAGUGAAAAUAAAUGGGAAAUGGUAUGAUAACUUAUUGAAGCUAGCUUUUAACAUAAAAAUCAAGACAAGAUUUGUGUUUAAGGCUGUUCCCUUGCUUGCAUAUAUGUGAUGACAUACUGCUUCGGUAUAUGUAUUGUAUAUGUAUUGUUGACAGAAAAGGUUGAUUACACACAAGUGCAAGAUGUGAAAAUGUACUGGAAAAUGAAGUGAAGAUAGUUUGCUACGUGGAUGGGAAAUAAGGAACUCUUGUGUUUGUGGGCAGGAUGGGAAUAACAAUGCAUCUUCUUUUUCACGCUGAAGGAGGACUGUUUUUACCUUUUGAGAGAUUUGUAUUUUGACCAGCUUUGCAUCCGUUUACAAUAUUUAUUCAGUCAAGUUUUCAAAAGCUUUCAUACCUUUCAGGCACUCUGCUCCAAAAAUUAUUGCAUGGAGGGAGGGAGAGCAGAAUCAAAUCCCUGUCUGCAAUGUCUUUAAUGCACAGGAAAGUAAAGGUCAGAAGAAGAGACCAUGCUCUGUACAUAUAAGUGCUUCUAUAAUUUAGAGGCCUCAUUGUGCAGAGUUCUACAUCAAAUAGACUAUCCUCUUCAAACCUCUCGCUCUAUCCACAUACAUACACAUAGAUGAAGGGGCUGGGUGGGAUAUGAGGCAAGCUGGCAUGAUGAUGUGCUCGUUCGCUCACUCUCACUCUCCAAGAGAGCUGCAAUUCCUAGCAUCCUAACAAACUGCAGUUCCCAGGAUUCCUUUAAAAGUACUUACAUGGAGAAGAACAGAAGAAGGCAGAUUAUUUUUACAUUUUGUGAUUUAUUCACAUGCUUCUUGGGAAAAUGGUAUACUGUUAUAUAUUCUCAUACUGUCUGCCUCUCACCUUUUAUACUUUACCUGUGACACAUGUUACCAGUACAGUUCCUCCUGUUAUUCUUCCUUGAUCUUUGGACCAACUGUAUCAAUGUGAUUUAGGUUACAACAAAUGCAAGCAAGGGCAAAAAAGGUUUCAGAUGUGCACCCAUCUUUUCUUAUGUUACUUUUUCGGCUGCUUUUGUUCUUCAAACUGAUGCCCAACUAUUUAUAGCUCUCUGCCCCCAUGAAUUUGAUCCACGGUGCUGAAUGGUUCAUGUCAAAUGCUCUGGGGGGAGGGAGCGAGGGGGUAGUAGCCAUGUUAGCUUAUUGUAGUAAAAAUGAUACAGUGGUCCACAUGAACUUUUGGCAUAGUAAAUUUGUUAGCAAAAACAACAAUAUUGUGACAUUUUAAGCACACUGCUACCUUUACAUUGCCCAGCUUUUUUGUCUUGUGUGGCUUAUUGCAUAUUGCCUUUAAAAUUGGUUUGUUGAAUUUUAUAUCAGUGACUACUAGCCACAAUGACUAUGGCUUAUUUCCACUGUUGGCAGCAAUAGGCUUCUGAAUACCAGUUGCCAGGAAUCACAAGUUGCUUUGCUUUUGGGCUUCCCAGGGGCAUGUGGUUGCCCCCUGGGAGAAUGAUCCUGGACUAGAUGGGCUUUUUCCAUAUUUAUAUGAAUUACUUGUAUUGAUACAAAGGACAGCUGUGCUCAUACACAUUUUUAAUGCCUUCUACAGAACUGCACACGCAAGGGCUAAAGCUGAUGCUGCAGAUCAAGCCAGCCAAUCUGCUCGUCAGGAGUGUGACAUCGCCAGAGCAGUUGCCAGAGAACUUUCCCCGGGUUUCUACCAGCCAGGUAACAUGGGAAUUGAGUGAGUUUGCAGAGGAAUGAUGUUUUCUACAUCAUUUUAAACAGAUGGAUGGGGGGGGCAGGGAGAAGACAACCCAAAAUUCCCAUUGUACCAGUUGAUUUUUGUUGCACAAGCAAGUGGACAUUAUUGAACCCUAUGUCACAGCUUCCACAACAUUGCAGUGCUCUGGGUUUUGUGAUUUGCAGAAGGCAUGAGGAUUUACAGAAAUAAACAUAUUAAGGCACUGCUCAACAAUCCCUGAAAAAGUGAUGUUGCAAUGGAUACAGUGGUGCCUCGCAAGAUGAAAUUAAUUCGUUCCACGAGUUUUGUCGUCUUGCGAUUUUUUUCUUCUUGCGAAGCACGGUGUCGGGAAAGUUUUGGAAAAGCUUCAAAAAUCACCAAAGUCUUUAAAAACCUCAAAAAGGCUACCACACCGCGUUCUAUGAGUUGCUCCUCGAAGUCAAGUCGCAACUGUAUUAACUGUGUUAAGAAAAAGGAAACAAACUUGCAAGACGUUUCCGUCUUGCGAAGCAAGCCCAUAGGGAAAAUCGUCUUGCGAAGCAGCUCAAAAAACCCUUUCGUCUAGCAAGUUUUUUGUCUUGCGAGGCAUUCGUCUUGCGAGGUACCACUGUACAAAAUAUAACCAUUUAUUCAGUGGCCCACAUACUGAUCCCAGUGACAUGGCAGGAGGCUCUUUAACCAGCAGGAGUGAAUCAAAGAUUUGUGUUGUGAAACCGGAACAUGGCUUAAAGAAAUACAGUACCGUGAUAAAAAAUGUUCUUAUCCAUGUCUUCCCCUGAAAACCAAAGAGUGGCUUAAUAGUUCCAUUUCAAAGGCUAACAUGGAAAGGAAAGAAAUGACAUGUUCUACAGAAUAUCUGCCUGAAAGGUUCAUGUGACCUUUGGCAUAUAUUCUUGGGUCCAGAUUCAUAUUCAGCUCCUUAAUCCAGAUAUUAAGCAAGAUACUUAACGUGUCCUCAGAGGACUGUUCUGUCUAAGUUUAUGCAUGUUUGAGGUGUUGCAUUAUCUGAAAGAGAACAAGCUAAUACAGUGUAAGGUUUCCAUAUCUGUUCCAUCAUGAAAUCAUUUUUAAAAGGACAUUACUUAGGACCCAUAUUAUUGAGCAAUAUCAUCUUCAUUCUAGGGUAAUGCAGCAUGAGGCUGAGAGAUAGUUUGUCUAAGGCCAGUGAGUUUAUAAUUGACCUGAGACUUGAACUGGAGCCCUCAUUCCGAAUGCUACACCAGCUGCCUGAAUGUAUAUCGGCAUUUCUACACAAGAAGACAUAUGAGCCUGUAGUAAUGCCACUGUAAAGCUCUUGUAAUUUAAAGCCCUUGCUAUGUUACUUAUUUAUAGAUAGGUGCUUACUUUCUUCAUGUUAGAAGUUUGAAAUAUGUUUUCACCUUUUCUAGAGCCAGCUAAGAUCCACUCUGAUAUAAUAAUAUGUAGCUUAAAACAUUUCUGAUGUAACAUAUGCAUAAAUGAUGUCGCCCGUUUAACCGACUCUUAUUUACCAAAAACAAAAACACCCAGCCUUAAGUACUUGGCAAAUAAAAAAGUUUUUAAAAAUUGGAAUUCUAAAUGUUUCAGAAGAAAGAAAAGAAUUUCAAAGUUGUUAUCCACAGAUAACCAUUUCCCAGUUGUUUCUGUUUCCUAAGUCAGUUAGGUUGUAGUAGCUCCAAAGCUUGCUGAUAGGUGCUACAAAAAUUCAGUGAUGCAUCAGAUAGCCUCAGUCCUCCCUGCCAGUCAUAGACCUUAGGACAAAACUAGAUGAGACAGUGGAAAUGUGUGAGCAUAUGCUGACAAAUUGGUGCUAUGGGAGUGAAGCUGCUAGAAGGAAUAGUAGAUUUGAUCAUGGAACCUUGCCAUAUUGCCUAGUUUAGACCUUAGGCAGCUGAAUGCUAAUAAGCUAGAGCCAGAAGCCAGAACGUACAUCUUCCAUGUAGGCAAGCGUAGUCCAAGCCUUCAUAUUUUUUUCCAAGUCAGGGGGACGCAAUAGGUUUGCUGGAUGGAUUGAGCUGCCCUGAAGCCUAAAUAAACAUCACACCUUACCCAUCAACCUGCUCUUCAUUUGUGACAUCAGCACAAAAAUCUGACAGUCCCCAUUUCUAGCCAUGGCAGCUCUCUGCACUUCCUGACUGUAGCUAGGCAACAGUCUCUUCUUGUGUCAAAUUGUCCUGAAAGACAAUAUUGUGGGGAAAUGUAAUUUUACCCUUUUCUUGACUAGAAAUGCUUAGCAUGAAAAGCAAGCAAUCUGUCCUUUAAUGAGUACACAUCUGCACAUAGGAACUCCACAAGACUGUGGGUUUUUUUAUGGAAAGAAAAGAAACUGAAGACAGCUAGCAUCUUGCCUUAUUUGAGUGUCUUUUUUCCCUUGAAUGCAAGUAAGCACAAUCCACUUAAAGAGUCCAUAUAUGCUGAAAGCAAGACAGUCUCCCCAGUUUUCAAAUCUUUUUUCUUUUAUUUGAUGUGUGUUAAGUACCAACAUCAGUUAGCUCAUUGGCUGAAAAUAUUACCUAUGAAACAAAUGUGUCAGUUCUUACACUAAAACUGAAUAUAAGGAAUCUCUGCCAGAUAUUAUGAGUAAAAAAAUAUUUAUUGGUCUAAUUUUUACGGCUAUACAACUGUUUGUUGCUUGUGCCAUUCUUGCAGUAGUUUGUCAUAUUUUCACUGUUGUAAUCUUUUUACUGAAUGUCAGAAAACGUUGCAUAACUAAAGUGAGCAAGAGCACUUAUCUUUGUUACUCAUCUAUUUGAAUCAUUAGAAAAAAUAUAUAAACUUCAUCUGUGCUAUGUGAUAAUAAAAAUACAGGCACAUCAGGUGUAUUCUAGGGGCAAGAUGUGGAGUCGACACAGUAGCAAAGAGCUCACUGAGUUGUCACAGUAAGCUAGCUAGGGUUGCCAUAUUUCAAGAAGUGAAAAUCUGUUGACCUUUACUUAGGAGAAAAUCCCGGAUGAAACGCCACUUUUCGGAAAUUCCCCCCAGAUGUCACUUCUGCCAUUGAAAUCCCACUAAUGUCCGGGGAAAUCUGAACAUAUGACAACACUAAGCUAGCCAUAAAAAUGUCAGUGCAUGUGAACUAAAUGUGGGGAGGAGUGACUGCACACAAAGGUUUUCCAGUUCAAUCCUCAGCACAGUGUCACUAUCAGUCAGUACUGAGACAAUACUGAGCUACAUGGGCCAACCGUGAUUUGAUACAAGGUCCUAUUCUCCAAUGGUUUGUGUACAUUGAGGCUCCUAAUGUCUCAUUGUCCUUUAACACAGAAUGCCAUGGGCAUGUUCAGUUUCUUGAAAACGCUGUCUGAUAAUUGCAUUCACAAAAUAUGUCUCUCCGGCUUCACAUGAAAAAUAAUGUGCCCUUUGAAAGAGUGCAGUUUUAAACAACAUUAAUUCUCUUCUUGGAUUCUGAGCCUUUCAAGGAACAGCGCAUUCUAGUUUUCUUUAGUCUUUUCUAUGAAACUCUGGAGGCAAGUUGUGUGUUUUUUCAAAAGCUACAUCUCUAGGGAAAGCAUUAAGCAUCGUAACAUGCAAUUGAAAACCAGUUGCCAGCACUUUUCCAUCCUUUCUUAUACUGGCCCUUUAAAAUGCUCAGGAGAUGAGUAAUUAGAGGCUUCUGCAUGGAGUAUUGCCAGACACAUUCAUUGUCUUUAUUAUAAAUAUAUAUUUAUAGCUGCCAUAAAUAUUUGUCCUAACUAGGAACCUUGCUUACAAACUCUGUCUGUGAAGAGGGUUUUCGUGUUAUAUUAAUUUGUUUUAAGAACACCAUUUUAACUGUGAUUCCCAGAAUUUUCUUUUGCAUAGUUAGGAUUUAUUUCUGUAUUUGUUUUUCUCUAUAUGCUUUUAGGUUAUGUGAUGAGACAGAGCUGGUAUACAGUUAUAGUGCCUUUGCAUUCUCUCAGCAUUCUUUCCUGUUUAUGGGAAUUAUCUCCCCAGGAAGCCUGUCUGGCACCUACAAUAAUGUAUUUUUGGCACCGAAAGGUGAUUUUUCAUGUUAGCAGGCCUUUUUUAUUUGAUGAGCAACUCUUCUGCUGCAGUAGUUUUUAAUCUGUUGUUUUAUUGAUGUUAUUGUGUGCUCAUUGGGGAGAGGGGUGAACUCUCUGUAAAUAAUCACUGAGGAGUAUGAAAAUGUAACCUAACCUUGAGGACCAGGUCAUUGUGGCCAUAGCUCAGUGGUAGAGCUCAUGCUUUGUUUGCAGCAGGUUUAAGAUUCAAUCCUCAGCCUCUCCAGGUAGGAAUGAGAGUGUCUCCUUCCUGAAUCCCCCUGGAGAACUGCUGCCAGUCAGUGUUGACAUUACUGGGCUAGAUGGACCUGGGAGUCUGACUCAGUAUAAGGCAGCCUCCAAUUUCCUAUGACUAAUAAAUGUAAACAAAUAAAUAUGAAAUGAAACACUGAGGAUUUCAUUCAUGGCAUGUCCUGCAGAGGAUCCUUAGGUCCAUGAAUAAUAACAACCUAAAGGUCCUGAGCCCUAAGGAAGCCAGACUAUCCUCCACCAGGGCCAGGGCUUUUUCAGUGAUGGCUCCGACCUAUGUUCCACAACUGUUGAAUUUCAGGGCUAUGUGCUGGAAAUUAUUAUAUUGUUCAUAAGUCUUUAGGUCUAGAGACUAAUUCUGCAGCUUUCCCUUCUAAAAUUAUGCUGGUUGUUUAAGAUAGGGCUUCUAGAAACUUUAGAAGAAUCGGGCUAUGGUAGAUUCAUAGGAAAUGAAAAAAAUGAAUUUUUGUUGUUGUUUAUUGAGAAUGCAUGGCAUAAUUUGUAUUUGUUUAAAAACCAAAAUAAACAUGUGUUUAAAAAAAUGCAUGGCAGACAUAUGUAGGAAAAGGUUGAUAUAAAAAUUGAAAUUUGAUUGUGGUUUUUACCAACCGUUAGUGAUGAUAAGACAAAAAGCCCAAAGAGGGAUAGAGAAGUACAAAUGACACCAGUAAAGUCUCCUUUGGAGAAAGGAUUCACUUAGGUCCCUUUUCUUGCAAGCCGGUGGUAGAAAAUUGGAGUAAAUGUUGCUCAAUCUGAGUUAAAACUGCCGAAAAGCAAAAGAGAAAGAGAUAAUAAUCAAAUGGAAGGAAGAAACUUGAUCAAGCGUAAUACUGUGAAACAAACUUAGAGGUGAUAGCAGUCAGCAAAUUAGAUGAGAGACGUGAUCCUACGCCCAUUGAAGUGAACUGGCAAACACUGCAGGCUCAGCCCAUGUAUUUGAAAUGUGAUACAGCCACAAAAGUGCUAAUGCUAUUUUAGGCUGUGUAUGCAAACGCAAGACAUGGUGAUAGCCCUCUUCUUUGCCUGCAUCUACUGGCUCUGCAUGGGUUACUUGGUACUUCAGUAGUGGAAAGAUGCAGACAAGAAGGAAAUUCAAAGAAAUAGUAGUAAUGCCAGAAAUGAAGCUGCUUGACCCUGGAAGCCGCUUCAGGAAGAACUGACUUUGAAACUUGCACAUGUUACCAUAAACAAUGCUUUGAGGUGGUGAAAACUUGCAGUGUAAAAACACUGGGCAUUUUGCCACAGUUCUGUUUCAGGUUGCCCUCAACUCACUCUCCUGUUUUAAUUUUGGUAUACAUGGGCUUACUUUUUGAAAUCAGGAUGUAGAAAAGAAAGUGUCAUAUCAGAACUUGUGUCCACAUUUCUUUUUCUGGGGUGGAAAUGGGAGCAGAGUCCUAGGUUUCUCUGAUGUCUUGCUCACUGAUUUGAUUUCAAAAUGCAAUUUCUGAUGAAACGUUUCCAAGUGCAUUUGUUGACAGAGAACACAAAACAAGGAAGCAGCAGCAUUUAAAAGCUGCAUCUGUAAAUACAGUACUAAUGAAAGCUUCUCCUAUGUUUUAGCUGAAAGAAGGGCAUAAAAAAAAACCCCACUAGUAUUUAUGCUUUUAUUUCUUCAGAAAAUAAAAUAAAAUUGUAAAAGCGAUUAAUCCAAAAGAAAAAUAUCCCACAACAGCAAAAGAGAGUAAAAACUAUAAGUCUGUUAGAUGGAAAAUGUUAUUGAUCUCCUUAUUUUUGUUUCAGUAGCUUGAUACAAGUGCUCAAGUUUAAUUGCUUUUGUCACUGUUAAAUUUAGGUCCUGAUUAUAUCAAGCAGCGAUUUCAAGAAGGUGCAGAUGUUAAGGAAAACCCUGAAGAAAAAGCUCAGGAAAAAGCACCUACACCAAAAGAAUCUCCUCACUUUUAUCGAAAAGGCACUACACCUCCUGGGACCCCGGAAGAGAGCCCAAGGCAAAGCCCCCUCCCCUCUGCUGAGCCUUCCCCUGCAAAACAAGGCAAAAAGCAAAACUCCUCCUCUGAGGUCAGACUAAUCCAAGAAAAAAAGAAUUUACCUAGUGAAAAUGUGACACCUGUGGUCAACAAACCUCUUUAUUCGAAAGCACCUGUGAAGGAGGAUAUGAUGGUAAAGCCCCAGCCAAAGUUGUCACCCCGCAACAAUCCUACCAACACAGAGAAUGGGGAGUUGCAUGAUCAUUACCAUGGCUAUUACGUGAAACCGAAUCCAGCAAGGUACCCAUUUGAGCUCGGGGAAGACGAAGACCAUGCCAACCCAUCAUCUUCAGCACUUGCACUAGUAGCAUCAGCUCAGAAGCCAAGCCCCAACAAAUCUGGGAUUCAGUUAGAUGCCAAAGAAUCAUUAAAGAAGCCUGAAUCUGUUGCACCAAAGAAUCCCACAAAUAAUGACUUCUAUUCUUCAGUGGAGAGAGAAGUCAGUAUGGUAGGUACUGGGCAUUGAGAGUUCAAGUCUGGGCAUAGGCCAGAAACCAUGUAAGAUGUAAGAUAUUUCUGUUUAGAUGAGUUAGCCUCUGAGUGGCCAAGCAUACUCAGUGUAUUUGGUGGUGUUUGCCUGCUAUUAUGUUUUCAGUUUAGUUUACAUCUCCAUCAGAAUUCUCUCACCUUCAAGGGUACAAAUGAGAAGCAGUUAAUUUGAAGCCUAACUAGAACCCUUUCUGGAUUCCUGUUCUUUAGGACUGGACUCUGCAAUCCUAACUGAGCACAAACCUUUUCCCCGUGGAAAUAAGGUAUUAAAAAACACUCCUCACAUUCAAGGUGCCCUAUGCAUUUAGCUCCUGCCAGCCUAGCAGUUCAAAAGCACGUCAAAGUGCAAGUAGAUAGAUAGGUACCGCUCCGGCAGGAAGGUUAACGGCCAGGGGUCCCUUUACCUUUAUGGAAGUUGAAAAGGUACUCAGGAUAAAUCAGUUUCGCAGCAGGGACAUUUAUAAAAUUAACAACAUCAAUCAGUUUGAUCUCAGCGCUCACAUUUUUCUCAACGUUCACAUCAAAUUAAUAUCUAUGUAAAAUAUGCUCAUAAAAUAUUUGGCAGGGAUGAAAGCAAGCAGUGUGUACAAAAUUCUCCCUUUCUUUCACCACCCUUCAAUAAUACUGAUAAAGUCAAUGGUGCCUCUUUCACUGAAAGGCUUUUACUUUUCAUACAUUAACCCUAUUCAGGCAUCCAAAAAUCUGCAUGGGGUCUUAAACUGUAGAAGAGGGUCAGAGCACACAUGCAAGCCCCAUGUUCACACAGCUUGGCUUCACUGAAGCCUGAAGAGGGCUUCUAAGUUCUGAAUGUGCUUUAGAAGUCUUCCUAAGAUGAAAGAACCUACAAUAUCAAGGUCACUGGGCGGCUUCUAAGUACCCCGUUCAGAUAUUCUUGAAAAUUCCUGUUCUAACAGCACACCUGCAGGCUGGUUGCGGUUUAAUGUAAUCCCCAUUUUGAUUGCUGCAAGUCUAAAUAGGCUAGCAGGAUCAGCAUAGGUUGCUCAGUGACAGUACUGGCAACCCCACCACCACCAUUUCUAAACCUAGUGAACUAGUAAGUAUUUCUUUUUUCCUUUGCCACUACUGUGUCUGCAAUACUUAGGACUCACUGGAGGUCUGCCAUCUGCAAAUGUCCUAAAAACCCUGAGUUAUUUCUUCAUAUUACUAACAUGUCCUUCAGACAUUGCAACAGCAGCAGCACGAAAGCUCCUUACCCAUGACUCCACCACACACUGCCACUAAUGGGUCUGCCCAUGUGCUGUGUAAGGCUUAUCACAUGGGUUUGUCCCAUGCAGUUGCCACCUGGUUAAAAUUAAGGGUGACAGCUGGAUGGUAAGGAUCUGUGUGUGGUUGACCCCACUCACAUACUGACAAGCUUUUGAAUGCUUUGGCAGCAGUGUGGAAUAAAGUCACAGAUAAGAGGCUUCUUGAGAUUUCACCUAAGGAAGGGCACCUAAUGCAACAUGGACUGCUGAACAAAUACUAAUUUUAUCAUCACUGAUAAACAUGGCCAUAUUGGCAAUUCAACACCAGUUUUAUGGGCAACUUGGGGAGGGAGGAAUAUGCUUCACACUUUAAAUUGGAAUUACAUUAGCUGGUGCUAUGCCAGUGUUUCACUGGCAUUGUUUGCAUUCAGCACUGGGGAUUGGCUUCAUUUUACUAAAUAGUUUUCUUUAACAGCAGAUUGUGCUCAUAAAUCAAAACUAGAGAUUGUUUCCCCAAGCAAGAUUUACUGGCUAUCAUUUUAGGGGUGUUAUCCAGUGAAAACAACUUCUGUUUUCAUGAGCAAAGAUUCAUUGAGUUUUUCACACGCUCACAUCCUUGCUGACUAACUUGGUUCAUUCAUACAUUGCUAUGUUUAUGCUGUAAAUGAGAACUUACCCAUCAAAGAUUAUAAAUUUCUUGUCUUUCACAGAACUGCUAAGGAAGCUUCUCAUGUUGUAUUUUUAUAUGUACCCAUCAAAUAUUUCACACCUUUAAAAUACAAUGUGUGAACUGAAGAAAUGUAUGUUUGUAAGUGUGCAUGGGUGCUUUAGAAAAGAAUCUGAGAUAGACUGUAGCUCCCUUACAGUGCAUCCUUUUGUAGCAAACAUGGGGUUUGUACUGUGCAACAAAUGAGGAAACCUUUAUUUCAGGAUGUGAGAGAAUAAUCCAAAGGCUAUAAUCUUAUCAGAGAUGAUUGACUCCUUCACCUUCCUGAAAUUUUGGACUAACUUUUUGAAUGUGCAAAGAAAUCUGCGGCUAAAGCGAGUUCAGGAGUUGUCAUCCUAGGAUGGCAGAUCGUGUAAAACUGGUUUUCAGGGCACAGUAAAAGGACACCAAACCAAACUACAGUGGUGCCUCGCAAGACGAAAUUAAUCCGUUCCGUGAGAGUCUUCGUCUAGCGGUUUUUUCGUCUUGCGAAGCAAGCCCAUUGACGGAUUAGCGCUAUUAGCGGUUUAGCGGCUAUUAAAGGCUUAAAGGCUUAGGGGAUUAGCUGCUAAAAGGCUAUUAAAGGCUAUUAAAGGCUUAGCAGAUUAGAUAAAGGGGGGGGGAAAGCGAAAAAAAAAACCUCAAGACUCGCAAGGUAUUUUCGUCUUGCGAAGCAAGCCCAUAGGGGAAUUCGUCCUGCGAAGCAACUUCAAAACGGAAAACCCUUUCGUCUAGCGGUUUUUCCGUCUUGCGAGGCAUUCGUCUUGCGGGGCACCACUGUACAGCUAAUAUUUAGAAGCAUAAGAGGGAAAGGAAAACAGAAAUAUUAACUUAAUGGUCAUUUCACAGAUGAUCGUUUUCUUACAUGUAAGUUGCCUUACAAGGGCUUUGCCCUAAAGGGCAGUCUAGAAAUAUUUAAAAUAAUUUGCUGCAACUUUUGUGUAGAUAAAAAAUACACAUAAAUACAGAAGUGAUACCAGUUUAACAUGAUGAUGGUAAAACGUGGCCUUAGUUACUGAGUUAGCAAAAACAUUGACAGUUCUUCUGCUCUUUGAGUUCUGUUCCAGAGAAUCUCCCAAAUAUCCAGAUAAGGAUGCAAUUGAUUCUUUGUCAAGUGAAUGAAUUUCCUUGAUUGUUGGUUUGGAUUUUGCCAAGUGAAAUACCUGUCCUCCACCAAUAUAGGGACUGACACUGUGUGUUUUUGAAUCCACACGUGCACACAACCCACCACAGCCCAAAGGGUGUGCUUAUGAUUACCCCUUCAACCCACUCACACACUUUGCCCAGAAAUAUAUAUAUAUAUAUAUAAUGACGCAGAUUGUAUUUCUGCAAUGAUUAAUAAUGAAAAAACAAUAAGUAUAAACAGGAUGAUAGAAAAUUUAACAGUUCAUUAUAAUGUUAUAGUAAAGUAAUAAUAUUAUUACAAAAAAUAUGUGCAUCAGGCUUAUAUUUUAAUGUUCACAAAAUGCAAGAAAAUCUCAUUUUUGGUUACUAGUUAUUAUAGAUUCACAUGAAGCUGUAAGACGAUGACUGUGCCUUCUGUAUGCAGUUUUGCUGUGUCACAGAGGGCAAAAAAAUGAGAGAAAGUCUAAAAAUAAAACAAUUAUUGGUGGUUAAUGAGUAACAUUAGCACCUCAGUGAGACAGAAGUUAAAAUGAAUACACAUUUUAGCAGUACCCAGUUAAGUUAAAAUGUUGAUGAUGGUAGCUGACUGAAUUAUAUUGGAAUAAAUGUCAUCAUAUUUAAAAAAAAAAAAUCAAGAACAAAAACAAGUAUCAGGGAACUCUGCGGAAAGUCACUGCCAGCCAAACUACUUCAGAGAGAAUGGGCAAGUGGACUUUUAGCAAAUUCCACUACCAUCCCUACGUCCAGAGCACAGUUGCGGGUGGGGGAGGCUGCCGAGAACAUUAGGGGAAAGGUUAGUGCCUUUUUGCAAGAAAGGUAUUCUGCUUUUGCACAGACACCAUUGGAUGCAAUUGAAUGUGUGCUACAAAUGAGGUAGCUCAUAUCUCCUGUGUAGCUUCCAGUCAUUUUGAGCAUCAGAAGUAUUUCCAAAAUGAUUUGUGUGCUACCAAGGUCUAGUUGGCACAGAAGUUUUGUAUAAUGUUGCUUGCAGAUUUUCCUUUUGUCUUCAGUACUAUUUCAACCCUUGGGGGGCGGGGGGAAUUACCUUCCUUAUUCUACCUCUUCUCCCAGCCUUUUCAGAAACAGAGAACCUCCAGUGAAUCAUUCCGCAGAAAUGAGAACCGCAAAGCUAUUGGAGAUACUAUCUGAUGAGGUUUGACAGCUUAAUCAGAAGUGCUAGAAAAUGUUUUGAAUAAGUCUUGGAGUACUGAAAUGAUUUUUUGUUUAUAUGACAAUAUAUUGGUAAACUACCGCGUAAAUUUAUAAGGGAUACACAGAUUCUAAAACAAAAAAAUUAGAACUAUGUGAAUAAAUCACAUCAUUGGUUAUGGGGCUACCUUAUAUCAAGCCCAAGCAGCUGGUCUACGCAGCCCAGUACUGCCUGCGUUCAUAGGUAGAGGCUUUUCAAGUUUGGAGCUGGAUAUCUUUCUUGUCCUGGUACAUGAUGUUCUUUUAGCCAAAGAAAACAGAGACUGGCCAUGGGAUCAAUGAGCAACAGCCCUCCCCUUCCCUGUGCUCCAUAAAUAAGGGAAAUCUGCAUGAAAAAUAAGAACUACUAUUAGUUAUAAUAGUAGACUAAUCAGAAACUAACAUUAGCUUUUUAUAGUUGAUCGUCUUUUUCUUUUAAUAUGCUGCCUCCUAACAGUGAGCCAAUAUGUCACUGUAUUAUACCUCGAUGUGCUUUGUUUUUUUGUUUUUUGCUUUUAAUUACUUCUUCAUUUUACAUGCUUCCCUUUUUUAUGCCUUAAGCUUACUGUUAUAUAAGAGUUGUACGGACAAUUCCGGGCAUGCAUAACGCUUUUCUGUUACAGCUUCUUUCUAACACCUGUUCAAAUCAGUCAUGGAAAGCAGAGACUAAUUUUGCCUUUUUCUAUUUUAAGCCCUUGUAGAAAGCUGUGAGGCCUUAUUUAUGGCGCUUCACCCUAAAGCAUUUUGAAGUCUCACUAUUAAUGUUUUAAAAGCCAGAAAUAAGAGCCACAUUUUUAAUUCCAUGGGUGGAGCAAAGUUCUCUGCAGUUUCUUUGAUCAAUCCAAAAUGCCUAAGCAAUUUAGAGCGGGGUUUUUGGCAUUGCUCAAAGUUCCCCGUCCCAUUCUCUCAUUCUCAUUCUCACUCCUUGAAACUCUCCAUUUAUCUUUCUUCAUAAUCCAGUAAAGCAUAACCUUUUUAUUUGAGCUUAAUCCAUAAAUUUAGUUCCAUGGUAACAUUUAAAGCUGCAUUCACAUGGUAGGUAAUUUCAUUUUCCUAACUGUUGAUUUCCAUAUUACAUUUGAGGUUUCACAUGAUACUUCUGGAAUUCUAGUGGAAUAUAGUGCAAGUUUAGGAUCAUUUGGCUGUUAAUUGGCUCCAGAUAUAAUGCAUUUGUAGCCCCAUUAACCCAGAAAAUCACAGGCUUAAAGUGACAAAAUUUUGGGUAGCAUACUGUCAUAUAUCACUUCCCUGCUGUUUUUAUGGAUAAGUCGUGAGGGAACAGAAGCAUACAUGAUAUUUAUUUAUACAUACAUACAUACAUACAUACAUACCCUGCCCAUCUGGCUGGGUUUCCGCAGCCACUCUGGGCGGCUUCCAACAAAAUAUUAAAAAUACAAUUAAAACAUCAAACAUUAAAAACUUCCCUAAACAGGUGCAGAAAGAGUGGAAGAGUUGUGAAGUUGUCUCCAAUGGUGUUUGUUGUUGUGCCAUACCACACCCACUGCUGUGAAUGGAAUUUAGCUUGCCGUGCCAGUAUAUUGGUCAAAAAGCCGCAGUUCCAUAACGCAACAGAUACUGCGGCGUGAAAGGAAUGUUAGAAAAAGAGAAAGUGCUAGUCAGGAAAACUAAUUCAAUAUCCCCCAAAUCUGAAUGCACCCUAAUAAUGCUGGGAUCAUAUUGGGAUUGAAAUGUGCCUUUGAAGGUUGCUCUGAGAUUAUGCAUAUGGCGCAGCAGAGGCUGCUCUCCUCAGUUUAGAGCUGAGGUAUUAACUGCCACAGCUGUAAUGUGUGGCAUCAUCCCAAACGCAGCCUGUUGUGGUGAGAUUCUGGGCCACCAUCAGCCACCUUCCGGAACGGGUAGUUGGUGGUAUGGGAGUUUUUCAUGUUAGGCCCCAGAUCAAUGUGCUACGCAUUGCAGGCACAAAAGACUAAGUCAUCCUAAGGAUGCCAUUUCCAGUACCUUCUACAUAAUGCGCUGCUCCAGCUGUUUGAAAGGUGGAGGAACAGCACUUCUUCAUGAUCCACUUGAGGAGAUUAUGAUAAUAGAUGACUAUAUGCUCCUUUUUUGUGUUAAAGGAAAACCCACAUAUUUUAAAUUGUGAGAAGUCAAGAAGAAAUACAUUUUUUUAAAAAAGAAGCAAUUUUAUACCUUUUCAUGGGCCAAGCAUGACCUGCUUAUAAUAAUCUUUUCACUUUCACUGAAACCAUUAAAAUGAUGUCUAUAUUUCAGGCAGAGGUGAUGGUUAAGUUGGUUGUGCUUUCUUACCAUUUUUACAUCUAUUAACAGCAAAACAUCUCAAAGUGAAAUGUUCCUCUGCAGAGGAUUUGUAUAAUCUGGCUCAGAUGAGGGAGGGGAGAAUGUGUGAUUGACAUUGCAAGGGCUAACAUUUCAGUAUAGUUCUUUUGCUAAUCUUUGUUUGCUUUUGCAAAUGUCAGCGAAUUUUGUUUUGUUUUUUCCACUUGCCACGAAGGCAGAAAAACCUUCCUUCAAAAUGUAUUAUUUAUAAUAUUUGUAUAGCAAAUAGAUAUCAAGGUGAAAUGGGGUUGAAGCCUUCCACUUUUUUUUUCAAUCUUCACCUGCACUUCUAAGAACCUAUGCACUGUUUGAAGCCCUUAGUGUUGCUCUGUUUUCCACUGCAUAACUAGAUUUCUAGGAAGAAAACUGCUCAAUCCAUAUGAUAAUCACACUUUUAUUUACUUUCUCCUAUUUUAGAAGAUGUUGCAUAGUUGGGUGUCUCAAGAAAUCACACUAAAGAUGUGUUGAAUCAGGAACAAAAUUUACUGCUUUCAAAAUAACAUUUCAAGAGGGCAAGAGGGUACAAGGAAGAAAGAGUCACAUCUUGUGUUUUUGCUAUUAUGACAAAAUUUAGAAGCAGCAUAAUGUUCAAGGUUACAAUUGAUCUAUUCAUUAUCUUGUUUUUUGUGAAUGUAAUCAAACUCCAUUUUAUUUCACUUUCAGGGUCCUAAUUCAAUCAUGAUUGUCCUGGUAAUGCUGUUGAAUAUUGGUUUAGCCAUUCUUUUUGUCCAUUUUCUAACUUGAUUGGAAUUAGGAAAGGUAAGAAUGGUCUCAUGUUUCACCUGAAAUUCUCUCCUCCCCCCAAAUCUCAGUUCUAAUCCUUCCUAUUUCAAAUGACAAAGCUUUACUAUUUGCAAAGUUUAAUGUUAUUGGCACUUUAAUUUUAGCUAUGCCUGAAUGUGAUUCAACAUAGUUACUUAAUGAUAUAACUGUUUUGAUCCUUCAGUGAAGUCAUGACAACUAGUGGCGUAAGCCCACAAUUCUCAGCAGUUGUGUCAUCAGCCUUUUAAAUGGCACGAGUCAUGUUCAGACACAGGGAAGGAGGCAUGGAAUUAGGAUGGGACACGAGAGAGAUGAAACUUGGAAAACUCAGCCAGGGGCCUGAGCAGCAGUUCCUCUGCUGAGGAUUUGUGGCUUUGAGGUCCUCUGAAAGCUGAAGCAAGCAAGCAAGGUGGAAAAAAAACCCUCACACACGAGCGUGCACACACACAAGCUUGCGUUGGUUACUCCAUCUGUUCCAGCAAAGAGUGUGACUAAACUGGAAAUGUACAGAGCUGCACUUUUGAUGAUGGAAGCUAACAGCUGCCUUACUAUUUUGCCGUCUGAUGUUUUUGGUGGGGGAGAUGGGAAAAGCGACUGCCAGAGGAAUGUGGUCAGAGGAUUCUGUUGCUGUGGAAGCGAUUCCAGUAUUCACUCCUAUCUCAUUAGAAGAAAUAGUUAGCAGCAUCACUCACCAGUCUUAUUCCAUUACCUGCUGCUUUUAAAAUCUCCUUGCAGUUUUCUGGGAGAUUGUGUUUCAUUUGCUCAUGCAUGAUUCUGUUAUUUUACUAUUUAUUUAAAACCAUUGUACAGCCAUAAUGUAAUAAUGUAGACCAGCCUGGAAAACUUCAGUAGUUUUCACCUGCUUCAGAAAAACAAAGCCUGUAGCAUAUGUGCAGUAUAGAUAUUUUCUUAGAAGGCUCAGUUUCUUCACAAUUUUUUUUUUACCUAAGCUGGUAAAAUCAUCUUCCUCGAAGGCUUAGCAGGCAAUAUGCAACAGUGUUUUAAGCCAUCAUUUAUAUCUUCCUAGUGACAGUGGCAAGCAGAAUUGUUUUUUUAUGCUGUGAAAUUUAUCGGGAUGUAUCGGCGUACUGGAUGAGCAAGGUAGAAUAUUUUGAUAAGUGUGCCACUCAGCAGUUUGGAUCUCAAUAUUGCAAAAUUUUGCUGGCAUUUACAGUCUUGCCUGAUUGCACAAUAGAAACUGUUCAUUAACAUAAUAAAUAAUUAUUUUUAAAGGUCAGGCUUCAUGUUGAAUACAUUCAGGUAGAGCAUUUAAGUCUGUUAACAAUGACUGAUUAUCAGUUUGAUGCCUUUUAAUGUUGUUAAAAUGAGUCUGUAAUCUUACCUCAGCCAGUUAAAACUUAAGCCUCAAACUUUCAUUUGGAUUCUUUGUCUUAACUAGAUUUACAGUCCUGUGUUUGAUGAUGUGAUCCAUUUCCCCCCCUCCCUGCUGUAGUUACUGUAUUCCAUAUUACUCAAAAGCAUGCUUGUUUACUUAUAGGAAAAUUGUACGUGGAGUGGUCAUUUUGAAAGUCAGCAUUUUAAUUAGAAAUAAAAAAUAAAGGGUUUGGGUUUGGGUUUAUCUGAGAGAAAAGAAAACUUUUCAGGAGUUUUAUCCUAUUUGUAAAUUAUUGUUGAUGUUACUAUUAUUAUUAUUUGCAUGGUUUAAUAGUGAGUUUUCUUCAUAACUACAUUAGCAAUUGUAAGAGGCAGCCCAUAAAAUGGAAAUGAAUAAGGGAUGGUUUUUAUAGCCUGGAACAGCUCAAAGCAGGGCAGUAAUACAGUGGCAUUUUUUGCAGAAGUGGGUUUGAGAAUCCUGUGUUUUGACCAGUGUGGAAAUCGCGAAGAAAGCAGAAAGGCAGCAAAUGAAACGUUUAACAACUUGUGUUUGUAUGUUUGUUAAGGAAGGAAAACUUGUUUUACUUUUAAAUUUAGAAAACUACUUCUUAAUUGAGAUUCAGGUUUUUUAAAUUGUAACAAGCCUUGAUGUCCUGUAUAAACACACUUUCUUAUCUACAGUUCACCCCAGUUAAGUUAUUGCUUAAAAUAAUUUUGUAACUGACAUUUAAAUUUUAUUACAUGUUUAUUUAAAAAAAGAACAUGGCUUUUGAAAAUGUUUAUAAAUUUAAGCAUGCUAUUUCCAUUUAUAAAUAUGUAUGAUUUAUAAGCUUUUUUAAAAAAUGAAGCUCCAAUCAAAAAUUGUUGGUAUUUUUCUAAAAUGUGCACAGCUGUAUUUUACAUAAAAGGCUAUUUAUAGAUGGUUGUAUACUGUACACUAGAUUUUGGACAGCUCAUUGAUCUGCCAAUGUACUUAAUGAUAUGUCACUUUGUCUAUUUAAAAUUUCUUGCUGUGAAUGAACUCUUUAUCUAAUGAGCUUCUUUAUUUAUAAUUCUGGAACCCAAAAUGGAUAAUGUACAGUUUUCUUAACUGUAUUUGCUCUAAUAAAAAGAAAUUGUUACUAAUGUGUAUAUGGGUUUUCUCUUUAUAUAUAUUUGAAAGCCUGUGGUCCCCCCCCCCGCAACUUAACGAAUGUGAAAUUGAUU